AAGUUCAUUCUCCCAUGGUAACUGCAAAUAUGGCGUAGCUUUGCGGCCGUACCAACAAAAUAUUUAUUUAUAUUUUGAUAGAUCUAUAUACUUUGUUGUUACCUCACCAAGUAAGAAAAAAAAACAAAAAUUAUACUCCUGUGCUCUUAAAUUAGAUGUUUUAAAUUAAUAAAGGCAAUGCGAGAUAUGUUUAGUUUUUUUAAACUGAUAAGUACUAAGCUUAUUUUUCAGUUUUGAAUGUGCAGCCUUGUUUAGUUUAGUCAACUUCUUCUUGGUCUUGUCCCGAAUUUGAUGUAAUUUAAAAAAAUGUUUAUUAGAUCCAAAAGAAUAGUAUAUAGUUGUGGCACUAGAUUUGGACUAUUCUAACUUCAGCCCUUAGUACUUAACUGUUCACAUUCAUUAAGAGAAUAAUAGACAUAUGACAUAUUAUGAGUAUGAGUACUUUUUCUUUUCUGCUGUCUUAACUUGUUUUUUUAUUUCCAUGGUCCAUAUUAUUAUUAUGAUUGAUCAUGAUAAAUCGAAUUCAUAUUAAUUUUCAAAUCAGCAUUUGUCGUUGGGACAAAAUUAAAAUUAAUGCAUUUUCUUAGUAAACUAAGUGUCUACACGUCCGGCGCGCCGGACAAAUAGUGCGCGUGAUAUGCGUCCAGCGGGCAUGUCACGUGACCACCGGACAACUAGUGGUCGUCAUUAUUUCGAAAAAAGUGCACAUUAGAAAAUCUUGUGUAGUCUUGUGGUAGAGUGGUCACUUGACGAUAUUAUAUGUGUGGAUCAAUGCCAAGUAUAGGAUCUUGGUUUUUUUCCCCAUUUUAAUUAAAAAUAUUUUAUUUUAUAUUUAUAUUAUCAUGUUCAUCAGCAACAGUUGUUUUAUGAGAAGUUUUAAAAUAUUUUGUAGCAAUUUAAACAAUUUAAAAUGAAAUCUUUUACUUUUAUUGGUCGCCUACUCCAUACUGAAUACUGGCCCCUUAUUUAUUUUAUGGAUUACUGGUACUGGUACGCAAACUCAAAUAACAAACUAAACAAAAAUUUUUACAAGCCACUUUCACUUCAGUUUUUUUCUAUUAUUUGCAUGCAAGAUACUCAGUACAUUACUUGGUAGAGAAAUAUAUUUUUAAAAUUUAACAAUAGUUUUGAAUCAUUUCGCGGUCACGUGACAAGGCUGAUGGACAAAAUAUCUCUCCCCACUUUGUUACGGCGGUCAUGUGACUUGGUCGCCGGACAAAUAGUGCGGGAGAUAUAACGUGCCGGACGUGUAGACACUGCCUUAAUUUUAAUUUCAUAUUCAUUGAUAUCUCAUUUAAUUUUAACUCACAAAUCAUGGAAUUGUCUUAUUAAAAUGAAAUUAAAAUGAUUUUUUAAAUAUUAGUUUUAUCAAUAUAUUUCAUCAUGUUUAUCAUCAUGUUGUCUGUUUUUAUUUUCAGAAAAAUGCCUUUAGGACCAUUUGGUGAAGUUUUGGGGACCACCGGUACCCUUGAAGCUCUUGGCCCACUUGCCCAAAACUACAAAACAAAAGUAGUUGCUCCUCGAAACCCUAAGGUUGUUAAAGAGCAAAAUGUCACAGAAUUCAAGGUAUUUAAUAUCUUAAAUACAUUUAAUUUAUUAUUGAUUAUGUAUUUAUUUAUCUUGAAAUGUAAGCCUGUAAACCUGUUACAAAUGACAUGAGAUGUUUUUGGGCUGUUUGUGUUUCUUUAGCAUUUCAGAGCUAAAAAAUCUCUGGGUGUCUCCAGUACUGGAGAUCUGAAAUUCGGUACACAGUUAGUCUUAUAGCAUAAUUUAUUUUUUCAAAGUUUUAAAAAUAUUACAUGUUUGUAAACAUGAGAAAUAGUGUUAGCUAUUACAUGUAAAUAGCCACAUGUAUUAAAUUAAUUAAACCCAUAUAGCAGACCUGUUUACUCUUACGAUUUUGGCGUACAAUGUACGAUUUUGAGGUGUAUACAUUAUAUAUGCAGCACGUCUUUGCUCUAUAAAGAGAAUGUAUUGAACGAUUAUAUGAUGAUAUUGUACGAUUUUAAGGGUUUGAGGGUAAACAGGUCUGAUAUAGUGUAACGGACAAGGCUCUGUCAAAAGGUUUGUUAAUUUUUUUAGUUAUUCACCUAUAAUACUGUAAUUAUAGUGAAAUAAUUAUCAUCUUAUGUUACUAAUUUUCAUUGCAGAUGACCCCAAGCAAGUUUCUGUUUGAAGCAUCAUUAACUACAGAACAGAAACUAGCAAACACCAGAGUCAUGAAAAUUCCUAGAAAAACAGAGUUGUUGGAUAUGGGAGACACAUCUCUGCAGAAGGUGAUGACCAUAUUUCUUUAGCUAUGUUACCAUAAUCAAAUAUAUAUUUAAUAGUAAUGAAUCCAAGCCUUUCUGGAGUUUCAAGAAUGAAAAAUGGUUGUUUUUUUUCUAUUUUAGAAUUAGUUUCUUCAGACACAGGGUUAUUCUUAGACAUAGGCCCAUAAUUAUAUAUAUAUGGGCCUAUGUCUAAAACUUUAUAUAUAUACACACAAAUUUACAUAAAUUUAUAUAUUAUAUAGAAAUAUAUAUAUAUUUAUGGUAAUAAGGGAGAAAGACUGCAAACAGGUUAGGUGAAAGGAAAUGAGAAACAUUUCAGCAAGAAGCCAUCUUCAGUUAACAAAAAACAGUAAAAACAGAAUAAAAUUAAAAUGAACACUUAGCUGCAAUGUAGUGUCUGAGAAGACAGCAAGAGGAAUGUGACAGAACAUAGAUAGGUGAGUGAUGAUUAAAUGCAGGAAAAAUGGGAUGGAAGAAAGAAAAUAUAAGUCCACUACGAGCUGUAGUGCCUCAGGGAUGUAGGUAUCUUUUCAAUGGAUCUAUCUUAAUUAAGCGGUUGUUUUUCUUUUAAAUUUGAUAUUCACAUCGAAUCAAUCAUUUUUCAAUUGAUUUCAGGUUUCUAAAGUAAACAUUGAUGAACCGAUGUUCCAGCCAUUCCCAUCAGAGAUUUUCUUUCAGAAUUUUGAACCUUUCCAAACUUAUGAAAUUCCACUUGUACUUCGAAAUAAUGACAAGGUAAAAGAACAGAGGAUACACAUCUUAAUUUUAUUCUCAUCUUUUUAUGUACUAUUUGGUUGUAGAUGUUAGUUAAUGCAAGUUUUUCACCUAUUUUUUACAAGUUCUUCGUAAAUUAGUUUAGAUAGUAAAAUUCUAAUUAGGCUGACUGUAAUUUUAUGUGCUCAUCAUAAGAAAUAGCUAUGUCUUUUAUAAAGCUGACUUAUUAUUAAUCAUAAUAUGGUUUUAGCCAAAUUCUAGAAGAAUUUAAUGAGGUGGGAAAAUGAAAAUGCUUGUGUUUAAAAUACUAAUGUCCUUUAAAUUCUUCAUUCAUUAGGUUCCUCGAUUAGUGAAAGUGAGUCAAGAAAAUUCCCCCUACUUCAAAAUAAUUAGUCCACAUGAUGUUGGUCAUAAAGUUGGACCAGGCCUUCCAACAAUUUUCAAAGUUCAGUUCACACCUGAUGAAAAAAAAGUAAGUAUUUUAUCAAGUUAUUUCUGUUUAUAUGAUUUUUCCCUUUUUAUUUACUUGCUUUGACGUAUUUAAUAAAUACUUGACAAAGAUUUCAUGGCUAUUGUGCUCCUAUGAUUAUAUCUAGAUUUUAGUUUUGUCAGAUUUAUUUACUCACAUCCUUGUCAGAGUUUUCAUGAUACUCUCAGUCUAACCUUAACGUUUUGUUUCAUUUAGGACUACAGACAUGAGCUCAUUUGCAUUACUGAAAGAGAAAAGUUUGUUGUGCCCAUAAAAGCAAUUGGUGCCAGGGGAAUUCUUGACUUCCCUGAUGCUAUUCACUUCCCAACUUGCCCUGUCAAGUACUCAAACACCAAAACAUUACUGGUUAGAAAUAUUGGGAAAAAAGAGGCUAAAUUUCAUAUCAAGACCAAACAGUAAGUUUUAAAUAUCUUCAUUUUUAUACACACACACACACACACACACAUAUAUAUAGAUAGAUAGAUAGAUAUAGAUAGAUAUAUAUAUAUAUAUAAAUAUAUAUAUAUAUAUAUAUAUAUAUAUAUAUAUACUGAUUCAUUGUCAUUUUAUGUUUUGAAAAAAAUUAUCUUAUAUGGGACAUAAUUAUUCAUGAAUGCAUUGUUGCUGAUAAUAUCAGAAAAUUGAUGCUUGUGUGACUUUUAAUGAGUUAGGUUUUGAAAAACUAUUUUUCUUUCUGAAAUUGUUACAUUUUUAUGAACUCACUAAGAGCUCUAGCAUAAUAUUAAAAAAUGGUGAUUGUUUUACUGUGCCAUCAAUUUGUUUGAUUUAUCCGCAGGCCUUUUUUUGUUGUACCCGCCAUCGGAACUCUUGCUGUGAAUGAUUGCAUACAGGUGACGAUUGAGUUUAAACCACUCACUGCAGGGGAUCAUAGAGGAGAUAUUUGUCUGACCUAUGAUACAGGUAACAUAACAUAUUUGAUGAAACAGUUGCUAUGCACUUGACUUUCUUGAAAAUGGUGGAACUUUUCAAUAUUUGGAUGGAAUUAAAUCAGAUGCAUUUUUAUUAAUAUAAUAUUAUUAAAUCCUUUGUCUAACUACCAUCAGUUACUUUACAAGGGAAGGAAUCAGCACGAUAUUAAAAACUUGUAUUUGACAAUUUUAUCAAUAAGUAAAAGUGAAAAAUCCACCGGUUGGCUGUUUAAGUAUUCAUAAAUAAUUAAUAAUUACUAGAAGAAUUGUAAUUUUUUAUAUAUAAUAAUAGACUGCAAUCUUGGCUAAACUGGUUAUAGAAUUCGUUAAUCUUUUAAAAUAUCAAAAUUUCUUUAUGAUUUGAAGGGGAAGAGAUUUUCAUUGAUUUGUAUGGUGCAAGUCAAGAUGCAAAUGUGCGUUUGGACAAAAACUCAAUUCGUAUGGAGAACACAUACAUUUCCAUGGCCAGCCAACGUACAGUUGUCAUCAGUAAUCGGAGUGACUUUAUUGCCCACUUCAAAUGGAGCCGCUUUGCAACUCAGGAUGAUGAGGAUCAAGAGAAACUUCUGUAAAAAUCAUAAACAUAUUUUUAAAAUGCUUAUAAUUUUAAAAUGAUGUUUUUUUUUACAAUAAAUCAAUUCUUUAUUAUAGAUUAAAUUCAAAAUAUUUUGUGUUUAGUAAAACUAAUUUAAAAAAUUCAAAUCCGUCUAAUGAUAACAUUAUAGUUUUAUUAUAAAGUAAACAUUUUUCUGAAUGUAAUUCUUGAUGUAAUAUUAGCUUAGAAUUACUUAAAAACAUUUAUUUGUAAAGUAUUUAAAUCAAACAGCACAAGGGUGUUUAUCCUUUAUUUUUGGUAUCCUCAUGGCUCAAGUGUCUCUUCCAUUUGUUUAAAAACUCUCCACUAUUAGCAAACAGAUUCAGCUGGACAGAGAAGAGCAUGCUGAUACUGACCAGUUCCUGGCUGAAUGUGUGCUAGAUCCAACACUAAGAGAUAAGUUAUCCAUCCUUUCAAGAACUUUCCAGAACAGGAAGAAGGUAUGUUUAUGUCACUAUAUUUUGCUUAAUUAAAUCUUGUACUGUUUUAGAUCAGGUGCAGAUUUAGUGGUUCUCAAGGAUUUCAUUCUAGCAUCAUGCAUUUGUAACUUUCAUAAUUUGAUAUUAAGCAUUGAGAAUUUUCUAUAAAUUAAUCUACAUUCCUCAUAACUGCAUUUUAUCAUUGAUGGGCGAGUAGAAAUUAUAAUUUGAAAACCACUUCAGAGAUCUAAUUCAUUUAUUUGUAUUUCUUCCACCUUCUAUUCUAUCAGUGACAAACUUAAAUACAGUAUACAUUGAAUAAAAGCGAUAGGAAUUGACUUCAAAUAAAUUACCUUUUAAAAGAAUCGAUUUUAUGCUAUACCUUUUGAGCAUCUUUUCAAUAAAUCCCCUGUCAUGACUCCACCAGGCUGUUGAGAAUGACCCCCAUUUAUUUGAGGAUGAUAUCAUAACCAUAGAACCAGCUGAGGGAGACAUCUGGCCUAAUUCAACGUUUGAGGUUAUGGUUAUCUUUAAACCAAGAGAGGCAACAUCCUACACCAUAACAGCCUACUGUGACAUCACAGGGAGGGAGAGUCGUCUUCCUUUGCGGAUCCGUGGUGACGGAUUGGGCCCCAAAGUUGACUUCUCAUUUGAACAGCUAGACAUGGGCAAUAUUUUCAUCGGAUCCAGACAUACCUAUGAGAUUGUUAUUGCCAAUAAAGGGGAUAUAGAUGCAAUUUUUAGGUAUAUUUGAAUUACUAUUUUAUCUUUAAAAUAUCCAUUAAAAAACAGCUGUACAGAGAGCCUAAGUGUUUCCCACCAACCAAAUUCAUUACUGUUUCUUAAUUUCAGUGUUGUCCCAAAAACAACUAUAUUUGGACCAUGCUUUGCAUUCAACCCAUCAGAAGGGAUCGUAAUGCCUGGUGGUCACCAAGCCAUUGAGGUGUCCUUUAACAGCCCAUUCCUCGGAGACUUUGAGGAAAUUUUCUGUUUCCAGUUGGAUGGCCAGCCUCAGCAGUGUCCAAUCACCUUUCGGUAGUUCAAUAGUUUUUAAUGACCUUUAUAUUAUUUUAUUUUUUUUUGGCCAUGAUUUGCAAUUGAUGGUAGUGCAUGGAUUAUAUAUAUAUAUAUUUAGUGAUGUAUUUUAAUGUUCUUUCCUUUAAACUUUACAUUAUGGCAUAAACUUUUAAAAUCUUUAAAUAAUACAUGAUUAUUUUAUCAACUCAUCAAAACACCUAUUUAUAUCUUGUAGUUUACCUUUAAAGAUAUUGUUACUAAAGUACGUAAGUUAUUUAAAAAUUAUCCACAAAAAAGCUAUAUUUAUUGUUCCAUAAAAAUCUCAUUAAAAUUAUUUUGUAUACAUUCCCAGAGGGAAAGUAGUCGGGCCAACCUUCAACUUUGAUGUGAGCAAACUGAAAUUUGGAAAAGUUCCUGUCGGGUUUACUAACACUCAGGUGCGAUGACUUAACUUUUGUAGCAGUUAUUGAUUUCAUUCAUUCAGUCUCCACUCAUGUGCCAAUAUUUACUUGAGCCGAGAGCCUUCAAUUGUACUGAACUGAACAAAUCAUGACCUUCAGUAUUCAUAAUAAUCCAGGGUGUUUAUGGAAAAAAAGUCAUAAUUAAUUUUCAAAAUGCAAAAACCUUUUUAAAAAAAGUGUCAAUCUAUUAGGAAAAUUUAUUUGUACAACUUUUUUGUGUUUAGAGCCUGACCUAUGUAAAGCCAUCAAGGUCUUUUUACCCUACGUCACCCCCCCCCCCCCAACCAUUCGGUCAUUGAUAUCAUAUUUUUUCAUGGGUCACCUGCAUAACUUUUGUUUUCUAAGCUAUUUCCAAUAAUUUUAUGGGCUAGAAUCUAGUGUGUUCACCAAAGAAGGUGUUUCUUGUUUUGUGGUGUGUUUAUCAAAGCUUCAUGUACCGUGGGCUUCUUUCUGUCUUAUUUACCCGUGUAGCAAGCUUUAGAUCACUAGGCAUUAACACUUUAUUGUAAGCUUGACAACAGUCAUGAAUAACUUAUCUUUUCCAUGCAAUAAAUCUAUGAAGUUUAAAAAUCUAAAAUUUUGUCAGCACAAUCAAAAUCCACAUUCUAUUAAAAAAUAAAUAAUUAAUCUUGAUUGCCUUGUGUCUUGCCUGCAGGUGUGCACCCUGAUUAAUACAUCCCUUGUGCCAAUGGUGUUUCACCUCCGUGUACCAGGCGAUGGCAAAAACAAGGCUAUUUGCUGCACAAAUGACCUUUCUAAGGACUCCUUGUUUUUGGGAAUGCCAGUGCAGAAUCCAAAAGAGUUUGAAAUCAUUCCUUCUGAUGGAGUAGUCUCCCCUCAUGGCCAUGUCAAGGUCUGUUUCAAGUGCUUUUCUUGGGGAAAACUUUCAUCUUAAAUUUAUAGAAAUUUUAUUUCAUUUUCCAUGUUAUUUUUAACAAACAAAUGUGUCUACUGUGUUUUUAUAAUGGUCUCCCAUUCAAUGAUUUGUUUGUUUAGUUGACUGUCAAGUUGGUGUCAAACACCAUCAGGAAAUAUGAGAUGGCGCUUGUUGUAGAUGUGGAAAGAGUUGGAGAAGAAAUCUUGUCACUGCCAAUAUCUGCCACGUGAGUGAAAUAUAGAACUUUGUUUCAGUGUUGAUAUUUUUUCUUAUAUAUUGUUGAAAAAAAUAUGGUAGAGAAAAAAUAAAACUAAAAUUGAUUUUAACAAGUGAUAAGGCUUUUAUAAAGUUACCAUUGUAUAUUUGUGGUCAUGAAGCACUGUCAUAUUUACAUCAACUGCCCAAAGGCUAGAUUUAAUUAACAUUUAUUUCACAUAUUUUUUCUAGUUCAAUGGUUCCAGAAAUUUCCAACUUGACCCCUAUUCUCAACUAUGGCCGCUGCUUUCUGAGUUAUCCGUAUGAGCAUUUCAUCCAGCUUCACAAUGAUACAGACCUGGCAGCAAGAUAUGACCUACUUCCACAGAACUACCAGAACAAGGAAACAAGUUUGGUAGAGAUUCCACCCAUUUCAUAUCUUAGUCCCCAACCAAAGGUAGGAACAUUAGAAAGUCCACCCAUUUCAUAUCUUUGUCCCCCAACCCAAUUAAGAGCAUUAGACAGUCCACCCAUUUCAUAUCUUUUUCCCCAACCCAAUUAGGAGCAUUAGAAAGUCCACCCAUUUCAUAUCUUUGUCCCCGACCCAAUUAGGAGCAUUAGAAAGUCCACCCAUUUCAUAUCUUUGUCCCUGACCCAAUUAGGAGCAUUAGAAAGUCCACCCAUUUCAUAUCUUUGUCCCCAACCCAAUUAAGAGCAUUAGAAAGUCCACCCAUUUCAUAUCUUUGUCCCCAACCCAAAGUAGGUUUGAUGGAGUUUUAAUGCAAGGUUCACACUCCUUAUUUACAUGCAUACAUUUUUUAAAGUCCACUGUAUAUUAAUGAGAACUUUUGAUCCACCCUCAUCUUUUGGAGACAAUGACUUGAAAAUUUGCUACUAAAUCUCACAUGUUUUAAUAUAAACAUUCAUAAUAUAACACUGUGAUUUUCUUAACUGGCAAAUUGCAUUUUAUAAUUUUAAAUUACAAGCUUGUAAUUGUAUUAUAAUGGAUUAUAUUCAUGUUCUUGUAGUAAGCUGACUAAUAUUUUCUUACAGGAUUUUUGUAAACUGGUACCUGUAGAAAAUUUCUGUUAAAACUUCAAUUGUGAAAGAAUUUAAAAGCCAUAAGGGGAAAAAGGGUAACUGUACAUAUUCUUUCAACAUGCAGGGAAUCAUUGAGCCACAUACGGUUGUUGACAUCCCUCUGGUCAUAGAAGCCCUGGAUUUGGAAGAGCAAGAGAUGCCAAUAGAAAUACGCAUCUUUGGUAGUCCAAAACCUCCUCUGGUAAAUAUCUCACAUCUUUCUUAUGUUUAGAAUUUCUGAAAAAAAUUGUAUUCUCUAGAGGAGGCCUGCACAACUCAAAAUGUAAGGCGGGCCGUAGUACUUUAUGAAAACCUUGUGCGGGCUAAAAGAAAAUAGGACAGGUCUUGUGCGGGCCAAAGAAAAAAAGGCAAGAGGGGGGGGGGGAAUUAACAAAAUAAUAAGAAUAAAGAAUAUUUCAUUACGUCGCGGGCCGCAAAGUGAGUUCUGGCGGGCCACAUGUGGCCCACGUGCCGUAUGUUGUGCGGGCUAAAAGAAAAUAGGACAGGUCUUGUGCGGGCCAAAGAAAAAAAGGCAAGAGGGGGGGGGGGGAAUUAACAAAAUAAUAAGAAUAAAGAAUAUUUCAUUACGUCGCGGGCCGCAAAGUGAGUUCUGGCGGGCCACAUGUGGCCCACGUGCCGUAUGUUGUGCAGGCCUGCUCUAGAGCUAAAAUGAUAAUUUUCACUGCUCAUAAUAGAUGUUUUUUAAAAUGUUUUAUUUAGAAUAAUGAAAUUAAUUUUUUAUAUUAGGCUACAAUAGUGUGAGCAAAAAAAAAGUUUAAGCAUUAAAAUAAGUAGACAAAAAUUUUUUUACCAGCUUUGUACAGUUGGGGAAAUAAAAUCAAAAGGGUUUUAAAAAAAAUGUUUUAUUUCCUUCUUACUCCUGACAUUUAUGUAUUAUGUCCAUCAAAUAAUUAGGUGUUGAAUUAUUGUAGGUCAUCCAUGUGAUCUGUGUAGGAGAAGGCCCAGUGGUCCAUGUCAACCCUCUACAGAUUGAUUGGGGAGAAACACCAGUUCUGACUAAUGUAGCCAAAACAUUGGUGCUAUCCAAUGAGUCCUACAUACCUGCAUUAUUUACAGCCCAAAUGGUCAGUGCCGCAGCAGCCAACACCAUUUAACCAGAUCUAGGGAUAGAACUAGUCAGAUGGAGGGUAGGGGGAAGGGUUGAAUGAAGAUUUAACAACCAGGGUGUUGGCUUUUGCAAAUUGGAGGACAGUGUAAGAUGGAGAUAAAGUUUAAUGGUCUUAGAGGUCAGAGGGUUGGACAGAUAUAAUAUAAUUUAUCAAGUACUUUUGAGAUAAAAAUGUAUUCAUAUUAUCCAUUCCCAACAUUCUCUCAGGGAAAAUUUGGUCUGUCAAAAUCCUCAAAAUUUGUUAAAUAAUUUAUUUACAUGUUAUGUUAGGAUGUAAACUUACUAACUGACAAAAUGAAAUCUAAAUAACAUGGCAUAAUAUUACUGAUCGUAUUUGAUGAUUUCAGGUUAGACCCAACACAGUCUUCAAAGUAGCACCUUCAGAGGGCACAAUUGCACCUGAGCAAUCAAUAGAGCUGACCAUUACUGCCAACUUGGAUGACUGUGUCAGGUAAAAGUCAGGCUAGAUGGGGGUCAUAUGAGUUCACUUUAACAAAGAGAUCUUUUUUCACCACAAAAAAAUGUGAAGUUGUGGUAAAAGGGUCGGGGGGGGGGGGGGGGGUUUUUUAGUUGAUGUAGCAAUUUAAAGAUAUUAAGUUAUGAAAUUAUGUAUAUCAACAUGGGUAACUGUGAGGGAUGAAAAGAAAAUACAUCUUUCCACACACAGCUUGCCCUGCUAUUGCCAUAAAAUUAAUAAGAUUCCUUUUCAUUGUAAAUUUCAUGAACUUGAGCAGUUCCUUAAUUAUUCUGUGAUCUCAAUUCCCAGGUUUCAGGAUAAACUACAAAUCAAUUUCCAACAAAGCCAGUCUCGAUUGAUCCCACUGUCUGCUUUUGGCAAAGGAACGACCAUUGUGUCAGAGCCCCCUCUCGGAGAUGUUCUUGACUUAGGUCCAAACUUUAGGUACAUAUUGAACUUAUUUUUUAACCAUUAAAAUAGUUUUCAUUCGUUUGGAUGCAAUAUCAUCAUUUGGAAAUUGAUACUUUGUUGUUAAUUAUUUUUUGGUUAUUUAUUAACGGAGAAUUCAUUUAUUAAAAAAAUCAAUCUAUGGUUUAGCACCAUUUUGCUUAGCAUAAUUUUUUUGUAAAAUGAAUUAAUCAGGGUAAUGAAAGGAUCUCUUUAGUUAAUAAAAGUACACAGUCUUUGCUGUUAGAAAAUUAAUUUAAAGUAUGCUCUGAAUAUGAGAUGAUAAAUUUAAAGUAUACUCUGAAUGCCAGAUAAUAAAUUUAAAGUAUGCUCUGAAUGUGAGACGAUAAAUUUAAAGUAUACUCUGAAUGCCAGAUAAUAAAUUUAAAGUAUGCUCUGAAUGUGAGACGAUAAAUUUAAAGUAUACUCUGAAUGCCAGAUAAUAAAUUUAAUGUAUGCUCUGAAUGUGAGACGAUAAAUUUAAAGUAUACUCUGAAUAUCAGAUAAAAAAUUUAAGUUUUCUCUGAAUGUCUGUUCUUGAUUGAUGCUUAAAUAAAUUAUUCAUGAAUCUCUAAACAAUGUUGAUGCCUGCUGUGCGUAAAUUUAGACAGCAUGACCCCAGUCACAAUUGCUGUAAUUUUGACUUAGGGUCACAUUUACUGUUAUCUUAACUGAGUUUCACAAUUGAUGUGAUCUUGACUGAGAGUAGCAUUUACUGUGAUCUUGACUGAGGGUCUCAUGGGUCACAUUUGCUGACUGAGGUCCACUUUUACUAUGAUCUUUAAUGAGGAUCAUAUUUACUGUGUUUUGACUGUGUGGUAACAUUUACUGUGAUCUUGACUGAGGGUCAGAUUUACUGUGAUUUUGACUGAGGUCCACUUUUACUAUGAUCUUGAUUGAGGGUCAUAUUUACUGUGAUUUUGACUGAGUGGUAACAUUUACUGUGAUCUUGACUGAGGGUCACAUUUACUGUGAUUUUGACUGAGUGGUCAUAUGGGUCACAUUUACUGCAAUCUUGACUGAGGGUCACAUUUACUGUGAUUUUGACUGAGUGGUCAUAUGGGUCACAUUUACUGCAAUCUUGACUGAGGGUCACAUUUACUGUGAUUUUGACUGAGUGGUCACAUGGGUCACAUUUACUGCAAUCUUGACUGAGGGUCACAUUUACUGUGAUGUUUACUGAGGGUCACAUAGGUCUAAUUUACUGCGAUCCUGACCCUAAUCAUAUACACUGUGAUCUUGACCCUAAUCAUAUACACUGAGAUCUUGACCCUAAUCAUAUACACUGUGAUCUUGACCCUAAUCAUAUACACUGUGAUCCUGACCCUAAUCAUAUACACUGUGAUCUUGACCCUAAUCAUAUACACUGAGAUCUUGACCCUAAUCAUAUACACUGUGAUCUUGACCCUAAUCAUAUAUACUUGGAUCUUGACUGAAGUUCAUGUUUCUAUUACAGCAACUGUAAACUGAAAAAGAAAUUGAAGCUAAUCAACAGAGGACGAAGAAUCCAACAGCUGGUAUGGUUGACUGAUGGAUUCAUUCCUUUGUCCAAGGCAAAAAAAGAAAAGAUGAAAGUUGUUAACAUGGAUAUGAAAAGAGUAAGGGCUUCUUUCUUUGAUUACUAAAAAUAUCUUACUAAAUGUUUGCUUGUUUCAUCAUCAUCCUCAUGUCCCGUAGUCCUUGGACCGUUGAUGUCACCACAGAUGACAUGUGAACUAUCCUCCUCCAUUUGUCUCUGUCUUCUGCACUGUGCACAGCAUGACCUAGUUUUAUUCACAUCCACUCUUUGAUGUUAUCUUCCCAUCUUUUUAUUUGUCUUCCUCUUCUUCUCCCUCCUCUUGUGAUGCCCUGCAUGAUUUCUUUGGCGAGCGCUUGUUUCCUUGUCACAUGGCUAUACUAUUGUAGUUUGCGCUUUUUCACAAUCACCAGGAGGUCAUCGUACUGCUCAAUUGCCUGACGAACCCUUUCUUUCACUUGAUCAUUGGAGAUAUGGUCCCUAUAGCAGAUGCCAAAAAUGCUUCUGAAACAUCUCAUCUCCAUCGCCUUUAUUUUCAUUUCAAGUUCUGCUGCUUUGUUUCAGUCAUCCCAAUUAUCUCAUUUUAUUCAUAAAUUUCUUACAAUUUCUGAAUUUUGAAUACAUUGUUGUUUGUUGUUUUUUUAAAGCUGCGUGUAUUAUUUAAAUUAUCCUUUAAGUAUUGUAUUGAAAACUUAUUUUGUUAUAUAUUAUUCAUACAUAAACCAAUUUCUUUGAAAGAAGAGUGUUCAGAAGUAUUAACUGAUCUUUCUUUUUUUUUUGCCAUUUCAGUAAAAAUGACUAUAUAACUCAUUUUUACUGAAAAAAUGUUUGCAUAAUUUCAGAAAACGGCUAGCUUAUACGAUGUAGCUGAACCAAUAUUUCAGUUGUCCCCCAACCGCAUGGAGCUCCUACCCGGCGAAUCAUUGGAAUUGACUUUAGAAGGAUUUGUUAAUAGGUGAGUUUAUUCCUUUGAAGGAUUUCAGCAGUAAAUAAUUCCCUUAGCUACACGAUCGUUGAGUAGUUUCAUAGCUGCUCCUUGUAUUGAACCUUUGAACCAUUUAUUAUAUCAAGUUUAAACCUGUUCAAGUUCUUGAGGCAAAAAUAAUUUUACAAGAAUUUCUAGAGCAUAUUAUAUUGUUGAAAGGUUAGAAAAUGUAUUGUUUGAAAAGUAAGAGUCUUGAUGGAAAAUUUAAGGCCUUUUUUUUAAUUAGACCAAUGGUCAGCUAUACACAAUUGCAGAAGCCUUAAUAAUGUCAUUUAAUCCCUGUCAAUAUUUGUUCCAUAAUCUAGACAUACCCUAAAGCCAUAUAAUAAUCAAGUUAAAAAUAGCAUUCACAGCAAUAUUUACAUUUUGGGAUAAAAAAAACACAGUUUUUGGUAAACUAUAACAUUUAGUGAUGUUAACAAUUUUACCCCCAAAGACCACCCUAUCCCAUUGAGAACCACUGUUGUAGAUGAACUGAAAUCUGGGCGUGUGCUCUAAUCUGUCUGUACACAUAUUUUUUUCAGUCCUCAAUUAGUUUCUGAGACAAUUGUAUGUCAUGCCAUCAUUGGCCGAGCAGGGGGAAAGACCCCAAUCAUUAGUGUUGAUGUUAGAGCAGAAUUUAUUGAACCUCUUCUGAACUUCUCCACAAAAUGUGUCUUCUACAGAGUGGACAAGGUACUAAAUGUUAUAAUUUAUUAGAACAGCAGUCUGACUGUUAAAUGAAAUAAUUUGGUUGCUAGGUCUUACAUUUUCCCCAUAUUCUUUGUAACAAUUUUAAUAGCUUUAAAAGUGAGCAACUAUCUUUAUGCAUGUCUGUUUGUUUUUUUAUGUAUUGUAUCUGAAAAGAAAUCUGUCAGCACUACAUUAGAAAAUCUCUUCUUCAAGCAAUAUCAUACUUUAUUUACUUAUAAAUAAAAACAAUUAAUUUUUUUUUAAAAUGUGCAUACAAUUUGAGACACACAAAUUUAAGUCCUCUAUUGUAUCUAUCAUGGCUUUGAUUUUAUGACAGGGACCAGCUGAUGAACUACCCAUCAUGCAACAGCAACUGGUGAUAACCAACCAGUCAAGUCUUUCACUGACCACCAAACUUAAAUUAGGUUACCCUUUCAGUAUGGUCAUCGGCAAUGAAAAGGUCCAGGAGACUGUAAGUUGAAUGAACUCCCCUAGUGAAUUAGACGCACUGUGUAUAAAGUCAGUUAUAAAUGGCUUAUGUGCCUGUGACAGGUUUAUCUUUGAGGAUCCAAUCUGUUGCUCCAUUUUUUAAUGCAAAGCAAGAACAAUAUGUGUUGUCCAACCUACAUAGUUAUGGCUGUGACAUAUGUUGUGGUCUGUUAGCUUGUCUAAUAGUUUUGGGCCAAUAGUUAAUAAUAAAAAAAAACUAUUAUUUUAUAGGAGGUUUGCUUGCAGUCAGGGGAUAUUUACUAUCUGGUCAUAGAGUUUGACCCCAAGUUCAAGGAUGACUGCCACAUACGCACUAUUGACGAGGUCCUUCAAGUCACUUACAUGGAGCAUCCACACAUUGUACGUGUUUAUAUGUUAUUGGUCUGCUCUAAGUAUAUUUAUCUCUUAUUUAAGUAACGACUCUGUCCAUUGUCUUCAUUGAAUUUACUUUUCUAUUACACAAAGUCACUAUUAUAAAUUAGUUUAAUCUUUUGAUAGGUGAUUAAUUAAUAAUGGCCUGUUUUGGAAUGUCUGUGUGAGUGAACACGUUAUGUAAUAUUUAAGUAUAAAGAAACCAAAAUAAAGCAACAGGCCUGAUUACAAUUAACAUUGGUUGGUAGUUGGGAGACUCCAUGAUUGUAUUUUAACACACUGCUGAAGAGAUUUCCACAAACCGUUUGCUGGAAGAGCUGAGGUGAAUCCAUUUCAUUUAUUCCACUGCCAAAGAUAUUUCAUUACAUAGCUAAAAGUUUUGUUUAGUUUGCGAUUUUUGUUCCUUCCAACAUCUAGGACUACAUUGCUUUGCACGGUGAGGUCUACUUUCCCAAUUUACUCUUUGAAAAGACCACAGUGGACUUUGGCUGCAUCCUCAAUGAUACAGAGGUGACCCGUUAUAUCAACAUCACCAACAACAGCCCCAUGGAGGUGAGAAAAAAACUCUCUCUUCAUUAACUAGAAAUGGUAGCUCUAAUAUAGGAGCAUACUGAACAAGAUAACAGGACUGGAUUGAGUGACAAAUAUGAACAAACAUGACUGGAUCACACAACAAAUAUAAGUUAACAAGAUCAGAUCACAUGCCCAAUAUAAGUUAAAAAGACUGCAUCACAUGACAAAUAUAAGUUAUGGGUUAAUAAGGGGAGAGACUGCAAUCAGGUUAGUACAAAAUAAAAUGAGUAAAACAGAGUAUGGUUAAACCUGAAAAAUUAAACGCAACAAAACAACGAACGUGUCGGCAGAAAGCCUUCGUCAGCGAACAAAACAACUUUGUUCGCUGACGAAGGCUUUCUGCCGACACGUUCGCUGUUUUGUUGCGUUUAAUUUUUCAGGUUUAACCAUACUCUGUUUUACUCAUUUUAUUAAAUAUAAGUUAACAGGACUGGAUCAAAUGACAAAUAUUAUUUAAAGAAAACUGCUCUGUUGUUGUUACAACAUAUUUAUUUAUGAUUGUGAGCUUUUCUAAACAGAUUUAAUGAAAAUAAGUUUUGUCUCCUUAAGACUUGAGCUAUCAGUUGAUUGUGCACACCAAUAAACAAAUUUAAUGAAAUAAGUUUGGUCUCCUUAAGACGUGAGCUAUCAGUUGAUUGUGCACACCAAUAAACAAAUUUAAUGAAAUAAGUUUGGUCUCCUUAAGACUUGAGCUAUCAAUUGAUUGUGCACACCAAUAAACAAAUUUAAUGAAAUAAGUUUGGUCUCCUUAAGACUUGAGCUAUCAAUUGAUUGUGCACACCAAUAAACAAAUUUAAUGAAAUAAGUUUGGUCUCCUUAAAACUUGAGCUAUCAGUUGAUUGUGCACACCAAUAAACAAAUUAAAUGAAAUAAGUUUGGUCUCCUUAAGACUUGAGCUAUCAGUUGAUUGUGCACACCAAAAACAAAUUUAGUGAAAUAAGUUUGGUCUCCUUAAGACUUGAGCUAUCAGUUGAUUGUGCACACCAAUAAACAAAUUGCACCCAUGUCAAAAACUCAUUUUUAUAUUACUGUCUUUAGAAUCUUUACUUUUAUUUUUAUACUUAUUUUUUAUGCUUGUUAAUCUUUGGUAAUCAUCUGGGGUAAUCAUCUGGGAUAAUCAUCUGUGGUAAUCAUGUGUGGUAAUUAUGUGUGGUAAUCAUCUGCAGUAAUCAUCUGGGAUAAUCAUCUGUGGUAAUCAUGUGUGGUAAUUAUGUGUGGUAAUCAUCUGCAGUAAUCAUCUGUGGUAAUCAUGUGUGGUAAUUAUGUGUGGUAAUCAUCUGCGGUAAUCAUCUGGGAUAAUCAUCUGUGGUAAUCAUGUGUGGUAAUUAUGUGUGGUAAUCAUCUGCGGUAAUCAUUACAAGUUUUUGCUAAUCUUUUCAAACUCACGCAAAUGUACUUUUAAUGAGUUUUGUGUGCCACAUUUUGUGUACCAUGUUUUGUGUGUCAUGUUUUGUGUGUCAUGUUUUGUGUGUCAUGUUUUGUGUACCAUGUUUUUUGCCAUGUUUGUGUGUCAUGUUUUGUGUGCCAUGUUUUGUGUGUUAUGUUUUGUGUACCAUGUUUUUGCCAUGUUUUGUGUGUUAUGUUUUGUGUUCCAUGUUUUGUGUGCCAUGUUUUGUGUGCCAUGUUUUGUGUGUCAUGUUUUGUGUGUCAUGUUUUGUGUACCACAUUUUGUGUACCAUGUUUUGUGUGUCAUGUUUUGUGUGUCAUGUUUUGUGUGCCAUGUUUUGUGUGUCAUGUUUUGUGUACCAUGUUUUUGCCAUGUUUGUGUGUCAUGUUUUGUGUGCCAUGUUUUGUGUGUUAUGUUUUGUGUACCAUGUUUUUUGCCAUGUUUUGUGUGUCAUGUUUUGUGUUCCAUGCUUUGUGUGCCAUGUUUUGUGUGCCAUGUUUUGUGUGUCAUGUUUUGUGUGUCAUGUUUUGUGUACCACAUUUUGUGUACCAUGUUUUGUGUGCUGUGUUUUGUGUGCCAUGUUUUGUGUGUCAUGUUUUGUGUGUCAUGUUUUGUGUGCCAUGUUUUGUGUGUUAUGUUUUGUGUGCCACGUUUUGUGUGUUAGGUUUUGUGUACCAUGUUUUGUGUGCCAUGUGUUAAUAAAUCCUGUUCAUUCUAACUCUCAGGUUUGUUAUCGUUGGUCAUUCCUGGUCGGGGAAACCCCCACAAAUAUAAAGAAGAUGCACCGGCCACAGACAUGCAGAUCCGACCGAAUGAUUGAACCAGGAUACGAGUCCGACUCUGGCCUAGAGGAAGAUGAAGAACUUGUCAACCAGGAUGAAUUUCUGGACCACGGUGACCAGGAGGACAAAUAUGGUGAAGGAAAAGAUUCCAAGUUUCAAGAAUCUGAAAUGAAGGUAUGCCAUGUUGAACUGUCCAAUGAAAUCCAGACAUAGAGUUUAAAAUGUGUUUUUUUAUCUAUUUCCAUUACCUAUCUAGAAAGCCUUAUCUUUUUAGAUAUUUAAAUUGAUUUUACUGUUUGAAUCAGAUAAUCCAUAAAGAAGUGUUGGAAGAUACGGAUGGGCCGAAAUCAAAGGAAGCAGCAGACAACAAAACUGCCAUCUCACCUGCUGAUGUUGAAACACCUGAAAAGGUUUUAAAUAAUUUUCUUUUCACUUUGUCUUCAAAUGUCCAUUAUUUUUAUUGUUUUGCAAUACUAAAUUUGAUCAAUGCACAAAAAUGGAAAUUUGAUUGAUUUAUUUUUUUUAUGAAAUAGCUAGAAGUCUUUCCCUUUUUAAAGCAUUCACACUUAAAAUCGCUCAGUUUUGCCUCACCCAUCCCCUUUUUGAACUUCUAAUAAUCAAAACAACUAACAAAGAGCAUGUUAUGUCUCAAAUCUCUUUUUACCCACAUUGUUAUAAAUGUACUAACAAAAAUUUAAUUAAAUAUAUUUCUUAGUUUUUUGCAAAUUAAAGUUAAAUAUUUCCAUGAGGGAUGGAUUUAUAACUAAAGGGGGAAAAAUCACUUUUACCACCAAGAGAAAGUAACCAGAUCCCUUAUGUUAUGUUUCCAGGGACAGCUGGACCAGGAGGAGAAGAUGGACAAGGAUAAAGAGCAAGGAAGAAUAACAAGCCGUCUGUCUGUGAAGUCAGGGGAGAAGGAAACAGACAAGAGGUCUAUAGUCAGUCGCCUGUCUAUGAGAGAAGAUGAGGAAGAGGCCCUCAAGGCCAACAAAAUCUUGACAGCUUUGCUGGAGACUGAUGAAGACAUUGUACCCGAGAUUGGAGUAGAGGAGGUAAAUGGAGAGGACCUAAGAUGAGUGUUGGUGUUUUAUUUGCAGUGGUGUCUGAUCAAGUGGCAGUAAUGUUACUACAUCUGUGAUUGAGUUGGUGAGAAUGUCUGUAUUGACUUUGCUUUUCUUUUGCUGACUUCUUUUGUAGGUUUUUGACAUCCUUCCCCUCUAUGGCUGCCUUCAGCCGGGGGAUACAGAGCAGGUGACCUUCACCUUCUAUGGCCAUGCAGACAUCUGGGGUGAGGUGAAGGCCAUCUGUGAAGUUGAAGGUGGGCCAACGUACAAACUGUCAAUGACUGGAGAGGCAUCAGUUGUUGAAUAUUCUUUUGACAGCAAGUCUAUUCAAUUAGGAAAGCAGGUUUGUUUAAGUGUGAUUUUUUUUUUAAGUUAAUGGAAAUAAAUGAAUAUUUAAACAAUUUAAUAAGACCAUUUUAAUAUUUUCUAAGUGGUUCUAAAAUAGUUUCAGUUAUAUUUUAUUUACGCUUCAUGAAAAACUGUUAUUGCAUCACUUUCUGUGCUGCCCUACCCUGCAAUCAGAUGUAUGACCAGGUAUCAACAGCAACAAUCACUCUCAUCAACUGUGGAAAAGUUGGUUUUCAGUUUUCUGGCAUCAACAUGGAUCCCGCCCUUCAGAAGCGGCCAUUACCUGGCCAGCCAAUCAUAUUACCUCAUUCUGUAAGUCCUUUUCUUACAUGUGUUCCUUCAUAUAACUAAUCCAUUAUUGCAACACAGUCUUUUUUACCUUGUUGUACAGCAGUCAUUCUUUGUGCCACUAUAGAUUAUCACUAUAGAUUACCUUAGUCUAUUUAUUCAUUAAGUUUUAUUUUGGUUUCAACCCCUAAUUAUCUUAAUCCUAAUUUUUUUUUAAAAUCGUCCCCUCCUCCUCAUAGGGCUACAUUGAGCCAUUUGCAGAACAAAAAAUUCUUGUGAAAUAUCUGCCAGGUGUACCUGAGGAAUUCUGCAAGACAUUUCAAAUUCAAGUGGCUCACUUUGAGCCAGACGCCAUCACGAUAAGUGGUGAAGGUAAUCUUGAUUUAAUUCUAAACAGACGUGGCCAUUACUAUUUUCCACUGCGUGUUUCAUCAAUUAAUCAACCAGCACAAAUGUCAUACACUAUCGCAAAGUGAAAAGAUCAUUAAAAUCUCUUUAGAGAUAGACAAUUUUAAAAACUGUACCCUGUGAUUUUUGAAAGGAUAAGUCAAGGUUAUGUCAGUAGACCUAUAUUUAUAUAUAUGGAAUUUUUUUAAAGUUAUGAAACUAAUUAGUUGAAACCAAGUUCUCUAUGUUUAAUUACUUUAAUUUCUUUGUGCUUGUAAUGAAUUGAUCUACAAGUGCUUUGUUCAUGAAUAGCAGAUCUUAGUUAUAUUGUUCAGUUGCACUAAUAUGACUUGUAUCCAUUUCUUUUUAACAUCAGGGGUUUUUCCAAGAAUCUCCCUGGACUUACCCAGAAUUAAAGAUGAAGAAGGAGUUUACCUGAAGCUGCUGAAGGAGGCCAAGGAAAAUCUGGCCAUCCUGAUCCGACAACAGCUGGAGAAACAACAGGAACAGGAAGCUGGACAGGUCGAGGAGGAGUUGAAGAACUUGAUCCCAGACGGAGAGGAAAUGCACGAGCAUGACAAAACUGCCAACAACUCUCAUAACCUGGUCAGUGUACAUUUAUAGCAGUACACAGCAGUUUAGAAAUUUAAAAACCUUAUAAAUGUCUUAAUGCAAGCCCCAGUCCAGGUUUUCAUCAGGGCCCAAUCAUUUGUUAGAAAUUUAUUAAAUUUUAAUGUAAAGCAUUUUAAUUUAAAAGUUUUUGUUGUUAUUUUAACACAUUUUAACAAAAUAUUCCAACUGGCAUAUAUGAAAGACAACUGAUGUAAAAUAUCAUGUUAAAAGAAUGGACUUGUUUGAUCCUUGAUCAGAUGAGAGAACCGACUGAGCUGGAAGUUCAGAUGGAGAUAGAGAGGCUGGCGAUGAGAGACUUUGCCAGGGAGCAGCACUUGUCCAAGCUUGUCUCAGCAUCGGUGGAUGACAAGGGAGAGAACAUCAUCUCAACAUUUGAGUCCAACACAACAGUGGAGCAAUCUGAAAUGGGAAAGUUGAAGUAAGUUGUCACUUUUAGAGGCAGUUAAAUCCCUUUCAUAUGGUUCAAAAAGAGUACAAAAGAGUUCUAUUUCACCUUGCAGUUGAAUAUCAUAGAUGAGGUAAGUUACAUUUCAUUCUAUGUUUUCAUCCCUCAGUUAUUUUCAUGAGAAUUAAUGCUUAAUGGAGCUGAUAAGAAAAAAUUGUUUGUAUUCAAACACCAUUUCUUGUCCUAGGGCUGUUCUGCCAGACUACCUACUUGACUUUGGCUACGUUGUCCUGGGUACAGUCAAGACUCAUGUUGUACGUGUCACCAACACCGGCUGGAUGCCCGUGUCCUUCAAGCUGGACAGACAGAACAUCCACACUGCUGGUUUCCACAUUGAGCUGGACCGUGUCCGCAACCUACCAGGUGCACCUGACAACGAAACACUGGACUUUGUGGUGAUGUUUGACCCUAGAGGUGCCAACCUUCACCUUGGGGCAGUGGAGGUGGUGGUGCCCAUCAAUGUGAGGGAUUGUUUACAAUUUUUUUUUUUGGCCCCUCAAUAUCAGAAUUCCCUUUUUCAAUAUAAUUAUAAUUGUCAGUUAAUAUUUCUCAAAUGAUGAUGCUUGUUGUUUAUUUAUUGUUGUCAACCAAAGAAAAAUAAUUUCUUUGAUAUUUUUAAAGUAAUAUAUCCUAAUAUAAUGUAACAUAGUGAAUAUAUAGAGUGAGACCCUGCUGUAAGGGAAAUUCAGAUAUAACCUGUUGGUGGCAUGGCUUCCAAAAAUCUUCAUAUUGAUUCACACAUAAAAUAGUUAUUCCCAGUAUGUGGGGGGGAAAGAAAAUAGUAUAAAAAAUAUAUAUCCUUGCACAACGCCAUCACAAAUCCACUAAAACUAGUGCAUCUUCAACACCGUAUAGCUGACUAAUCACAAGAGAUUUAGAACUAUGUUUUAUGAGACAAAAUCCCAUAAUUUCUUGCUUUAAAAAAAAAAUCUCAAUGCUAUUCACAUGAAAUACUGUGAAGCCCUGGUCUAAUAUGGCUCCAUUAUAAACACUAUCCAAUUGUGUGGGCCCCAGUUAUCACUUUAUGGCAAUUAUUCCAUUGUGUGGGCCCCAGUUAUCACUUUAUGGCAAUUAUUCCAUUGUGUGGGCCCCAGUUAUCACUUUAUGGCAAUUAUUCCAUUGUGUGGGCCCCAGUUAUCACUUUAUGGCAAUUAUUCCAUUGUGUGGGCCCCAGUUAUCACUUUAUGGCAAUUAUUCCAUUGUGUGGGCCCCAGUUAUCACUUUAUGGCAAUUAUUCCAUUGUGUGGGUCCCAGUUAUCACUUUAUGGCAAUUAUUCCAUUGUGUGGGUCCCAGUUAUCACUUUAUGGCAAUUAUUCCAUUGUGUGGGUCCCAGUUAUCACUUUAUGGCAAUUAUUCCAUUGUGUGGGUCCCAGUUAUCACUUUAUGGCAAUUAUUCCAUUGUGUGGGUCCCAGUUAUCACUUUAUGGCAAAGUUCACUUUAUUAAUAUAUGUGUUGAAAAAUAGUUACCUCCACUGUGCCCUAGGUUGUUCAUGGACCAAUUAUAAACAUGCAUCUGAGGGCCAAUGUGACAAUGCCAGACCUGGAGGUCUCUGAUGAUGUCCUUGACUUUGCUGAUGUCAAGUGUGGAGAGUGUAAGGUCAUCACCAUCCAACUUCACAAUCAUCAAAUGGUCAAGUGUGAAUGGAACUCUAUUCCACCCGAUGAAUCUAAGAAGGUUGGCUGUAAUCCAGUACUCUUAAAUCUUCCAAAAUUGUUACAGUAAAAAAAUAAUAAGUCUCUAGGUAUGCUUGUAAUGCUGUGUUCAAUUGUUGCGCAAAAUAAUAUUCCCAAAAUUGGGAUUCUCACAAAGUAUGUUACCCGAAUGGAUGUUUUGUUAAGUAACUUUAGCAGAUGGGAAGUUCACGCACUGCUCCAUUGUUUGGCGGGUUUUUUCUCAUUAUAAAAUAACUCAAGUCAAUGAUUUUAUGUUUUUAUAGAGCACUUGCCCCCAUAAAGUACCAUACACUCUCCGUUACGCACGAUUUGGUAAAAUGGAAAACUACAUUGGGAGAUUCUGUUGUAAAGUUUAAAAAAAAAAAAACUCUACAACAGAAUCUACCAACUAUAUUGGGAGAUUCUGUUGUAGUUGUAGAGUUAUUUUUAAAAUGACCGAAUCAUAGAAAGUAUAAAAAUACUCAUUCACAUAAAGCUGUGUUGUGCAACCUAAGUCUGUUCAUUCAUUAUAAUCCUCCCGAUCUCGACUUUUGUUUUCUUCACACUCAGAUUGACAAACACGUACCCAUGCACCUCCGUCGUAAAAUUCGUCAGAAUAAAAAGAAGGCCAGCAUUUUUGAAGUGAUGCCACCAACUGGCACUCUGAUGCCAGGGCAGAGGGUCAAUGUCCAAGUCAAGUUCAUGCCAACUGAGGAGGUCAGUUGCCUUCAUGCAAAUUAACUAGAUCGCAAAACAUUACAUGACUUUAAUCACAAUAAUAAUAGAACUCAUUGUCAAUACAAUAUUUUCUUUAAUGUAAUCAAGAAUUGCAAAUAAAAUGUAAAACUCUCUUGUAUUUGGUUUGAACAUUUUUAAGAAGUUAAUUAAUUGUACUAUGGAAGUAGAUACAUUCUUUAUGCUCUUUAAAUAAAAUAAUGAACGAUAAUCAGUUUAACAGUUCACACAAAUGUCAAUAAAAAUGAGAAAAUUGAAAUAUUUCAAGAGACAUAGUUUACACGCAUUUACAUUCGCAAAAAUAGCCCCCAAAAAAUUAAUUUUUGGGAUGAGAUUUUUGCAAAUUAGUAAUUAAUGUUACAAAUUUUAAUUAGUGUAGGGGAAAUUAUCUGAAAUGGAUUUUAUAUACCAUUCUUUAGAACGGAAUUAUAUGAGUGCAGCUAUUUAUUUGGACACCUACUAACUUGGACAGCUAUUUACUUGAACAGCUAUUCACAUGGACAGCAUCUUAAUUGGACAGUUAAUAACCUAGGCAGCUGUUCACUUUGAUGCACCUGUAGUUCCCAACUAAAAAAUUCUAAAUUUAUUAAAUUUUCUGUUUCAGAAGUUCUAUGAGAAUCGACUCCCCAUUAGGAUUGCCCAGAGCAGCCAACGUGUCUUGUUACUCUGUCGUGGCCAGGGGCUUGAACCGCGGUUGGAGUUUGACAGAACUGUCGUCCAGUUCGGCCCAAUCUUGCCCCACAGUGUCGGUGAUGAACAGGACAUCGUAGUGCGCAACCCAUGCUCUUUCCCUAUUGAAAUGUACUCUCUGGAGUUUGACAAUGUUUACCUGGAAGAGGAAAAAGUAAAUCUUUCAAAGCCAUGUUCAAUGUUAAUAUUUAUUUGUGCUUUCUUUCUUUUCCAAAUAUAAAAUGAUAGAUAAAAUUAAGUAUUAAUUUCCAUGUAAUGUAUCAUAAAUGUAUGUUUGGGCAAAUAAAACAACAGAGAAACUAGUUAAAUAAAAAUUGACUGAUGACAGCUGGCAUUGACAGCUACUAGUGACAUAAAACAAAUGUAAGUGUAGAUAUUUUUAUCAGUUUUGUACUGUAUGUCACCCAGCAUCAUACAAUCCAGUGUUGUGUUAAUUAACAUUUCUGUGUGUAGAUUCUCCGCCUGAUGAAAGGCUACGAUGAAUUCAACACCCUUCUCCUCCCCCCUCGGGAUGUGGGCAGCAAACUGCCCCAAGAACUAACUGAUUAUUUUGAAGGUAGGGGCUCUACGCCAAGAACUAACUGAUUAUUUUGAAGGUAGUGGCUCUACGCCAAUAACUAACUGAUUAUUGUGAGGGUAGGGGCUCUAUGCCAAGAACUAACAGAUUAUUUUGAAGGUAGGGGCUCUACGCCAAGAACUAACAGAUUGUUUUGAAGGUAGGGGCUCUAAAGUCAAAUGGCUGGAGGGAGGACCAUGUCAACGGCUGUUCUAUUCUGGCUGAUGAGUAAAUCUAAUAACUGUGUAUUGCUUGUGAUGAUUGAGGAGGGCUCCUUUAUGGAGCAAUUAUAAAUCACAAAUGAUGAAUGUAUUCUUCUCAUCAUAAUGUUAGCUCUGCACCUUAAGAAUAUCAUCAUCUUUCUUUCAGAGCAAGUAAGAAAAUUGGAAGAAUCAGAGAGAGCCGCAGCAUUUGAGUUGGUCAGGCAAGAGACUGAGAGAAGAGAAAUGGAAGAGAAGGAUGCAGAAGGUAGAGGAUGCUCACCCAUUAUCUUUUUAAUACAUCUUUCAAACUGCGUCAGUUCCAGUGAUUUCAUUUGAUCAUGUAUGACUUUAUUAACAAACUGCUCAACUGUCAACAGUUACUGCUAAAUAUAUUUUUAUGUUCUUGAAAAUGCCCAGUAUAAUUGACACAAUUUGAAUUACAAAUGAAUCAAAAAGCCUUUCAGGCCAUGUUUUAACAAGUUGACAUUAAAUUGUUGAUGCAGCAUCAGUCCAUCUACAUUCAUUUUGGUUCUGUAAUCUUGAUGCGGUCCUGAAAAUGUUUCUUGAUCUCAGAAAAAGCACUCGGCCAAACAGAACAAGAGGAAAGCAUGAUGUUAGAAUCCACCACCAUUGUUUCAGAACGUGUUCCGUCAGGGACAGAAGCAGCCAUGGAAGAACCUCAGGUCAGAGUUGUAGAGGAGCCAUCUACCCAGAAAGAUGCAGAAAUUGAAGGUAGACCUAUUCAUUCUCUCAAGUUUUCUCAACUUGCCUUUGCUAUGCUUUUGAUUUGCCUUUUAUUUAUAAAAAUACAAUUAAUGGCUUUAAAAAAAUGGCAUAUUUUGAUUAGUGCAUUUGUACUGCUGAAAAUUUAUGAAAUCAAGGGAAAAGACCCAUUAAUUCUUCAUUUAAUUGUGCUGGUUAUCAACGCUAUGUUAAUGCUACCCCCAUUGUUCACAACUUCAGAUCUAGCUGACAUGAUUCUCCUAAGUCAUGGAAAGAACAUAAAUUAUUUUUACUCCAUGGAUCAGUUCUGUCCAACCUCUUUUACUCUGUGGUCCAAAUUAAUACUUCUUACUAAAUGCAUAAAGAAACAUACAUCCAAUAACAUAAAGAACCAUGUAUCCAAUAACAUAAAGAAAAAUACAUCCAAUAACAUAAAGAACCAUGUAUCCAAUAACAUAAAGAAAAAUACAUCCAAUAACAUAAAGAACCAUAAAUCCAAAAACAUUAUUGGCUCAUCAAGACUAUAAAUAAAGUGACUUAAAACUGCAGCACUUCUUUAAUGAAAUAUUUAUUUAGGAUCGUAUUUGUAAUUUUCUUGAUUUGAGGUAGUUAUCAAUAGCGCAUGCCCUUUUUAGAUUUUCUAAAUGUUCACCAGUCAAAAGUUACACUUUUUGGACUUGUUGGUGGUCAUUAUAGAGGAUGUGUAGGGUGUUUCCCAAAAACAUGAGCAUGAUUUUGUUACAACAUUUCCAUAUUUGUGCAAAUUCAUCAGAAGAAACAUGAUGUCAUCCAUCCUUUGGCCACGCAUUCUUAUGUUUGUUUUUUAAAACAAAUACUAUCAAGAGUCGUUCCUACUGCUUAUCACAAUUUCUCCCUGACUGAAUUGCUCUAACUUACAAAACACAACUUGUAUCCUGUUUUAUACUCACUGAAAGUCUCAUACUCAAAUUAUGGGACCAUAAGUUGUUCACGCUGCUCACUGUAGUCAUCUGGGACACCUUUAGUAACCCAGCUGGGACACCUUUAGUAACCCAGCUGGGACACCUUUAGUAACCCAGCUGGGACACCUUUAGUAACCCAGCUGGGACACCUUUAGUAACCCAGCUGGGACACCUUUAGUAACCCAGCUCCCAUGGAGAUUACUCCAACCCUAACACUUUCUGGUUUUAUUAUUGUCAUCGGACAAAGCGCAGUAGUUAACUUGUGGUGCACACCUAUCUGUUCCAUCUAACUUAGUUUGGAUGGUUAGGGCAUGGAUCCGACAAAGCGCAGUAGUUAACUUGUGGUGCACACCUAUCUGUUCCAUCUAUCUUAGUUUGGAUGGUUAGGGCAUGGAUCCGACAAAGCGCAGUAGUUAACUUGUGGUGCACACCUAUCUGUUCCAUCUAACUCAGUUUGGAUGGUUAGGGCAUGGAUCUUAUUAAAAUAACCAAAUGACUACACACCUAGCUACUUUUGGAUUCCCAAUUCAUCUUUCCAUCGCCAUUAUUAAUUAUACCCCAUACCCUGUGACACCUAUGUACAAGCAACAUAAAGAAGGAGAUGAUAGCAUCCUGUUCAAUGUCACCCCACGUUCCGGAAUGGUUGCUCUGCUGUGCUUGGCAUAAAUUACUGCUACCUGUCAAAACAUCCCAGUCCUUAGCUUUUGUGACCUCCCCCCUUUUCCAUGUUACAACUUCUCCAGUGCUCUCACUCGAUUUCCCAACAAUACUGAAUAAAAGAACGUCGCUUGAAAAAUAUUUUCACCCUAAAAUGUUGUUUUUUUACACACAUCAUAAAAAUUUCUUAAGCUCUGGCAGGCAAUUAUUUUAAAAUCAUUUUUUGGUCCACAUGCCACCCCUGGGUGGGGGAUUGGACUGCACUGCUGUAGGUGAAAGAGCUUAACAAUAGUCACCAAAUUAAUGUAUCUUCCAAUAACCAUUAAGUGUAACCCAUUCAGUACAUCACAUUUUUUAAGUGAAAUGUAGUCAAAUUAAGGGAUUAAAAAUGCAUUUGACUUGAGGAUUUUCAAUUUAAAAUCCCUGCUUUCUGUUGAUCAACCCUUUGCCAUGUGGCAUGUCAGAAAUUAACUGCUUUCUGUUGAUCAACCCUUUGCCAUGUGGCAUGUCAGAAAUUAACUGCUUUCUGUUGAUCAACCCUUUGCCAUGUGGCAUGUCAGAAAUUAACUGCUUUCUGUUGAUCAACCCUUUGCCAUGUGGCAUGUCAGAAAUUAACUGCUUUCUGUUGAUCAACCCUUUGCCAUGUGGCAUGUCAGAAAUUAACUGCUUUCUGUUGAUCAACCCUUUGCCAUGUGGCAUGUCAGAAAUUAACUGCUUUCUGUUGAUCAACCCUUUGCCAUGUGGCAGGUCAGAAAUUAACUGCUUUCUGUUGAUCAACCCUUUGCCAUGUGGCAGGUCAGAAAUUAACUGCUUUCUGUUGAUCAACCCUCUGCCAUGUGGCAGAUGUGGCAUGUCAGAAAUUAACUGCUUUCUGUUGAUCAACCCUUUGCCAAUGUGGCAUGUCAGAAAUUAACUGCUUUCUGUUGAUCAACCCUUUGCCAUGUGGCAUGUCAGAAAUUAACUGCUUUCUGUUGAUCAACCCUUUGCCAAUGUGGCAUGUCAGAAAUUAACUGCUUUCUGUUGAUCAACCCUUUGCCAAUGUGGCAUGUCAGAAAUUAACUGCUUUCUGUUGAUCAACCCUUUGCCAAUGUGGCAUGUCAGAAAUUAACGAACUCAAUAAGGAAUACGUUUUUAUUAUAAAAUUAUAUUCUGCGGCUGAACUCUGGUUGGCGCACAUUGCGGCGAAAUGUAUCGAUUGGGUUAAUAUUGAUAAUAGAUCAAAACUAGGUUUUCCCUGUACAACUUGCCCUCAGUGUGUUCACUUUCUUGGCAGACAAACUCCAUGCGAGAACCAGCAGUUCUGGUGUCGGAGAGCUAGAAAUCACACCUGUCUCAGCUGCCAUUGCCAGGUACCUGGGCAUUGAUCUAACACCUGAAGGGAAGGCUUCAAGAAAUAGAAGGGGGAUAUCCAUCAUUGUACAUGGUGCACCUUUGUCAGGUUAGGGCAUUCUUUAUUCUUUUAAUACUCAUCUUUAUACAGGGUUGUACCUUUUUCAAAUGAGGGCAUUUAUUAUUAAGUGUACUCUUGUCAGGUGAGGGCAUUUGUUAUAAAAUCUAUUACUAUUCAUCAUUUUAAAUUCUAAGGACUUUUAAGAUAGCUUCCCUUACAUCCCAAACCUUCCUGUAUCUUUGCACACUGAUAAUAUCAUGCUUAUUAGAAAGCCACAAUGUGUACUCUAAAAGCAUCAUUCUCAUUAAUAAUUAAUUAUCAAUUAAAAAAUCUCACAUUAUUCGUUAUUCGUUAUUUUUGUGUAUGUCCUUUAAUAGCUGUAGUUCAUUAAAUAAAGAAAUAAUUUGUUUGUCAUCAUCUUCCACUGGUUAAUUUGUAAAUCAAUUUUCAUUAAUAACUAUUACUUUUGUCAGAGUUUGUAAUGAACCAUCAUAACAAAAUGACACUUGUCAUUGAAUUAUUAUUAUCCCAUUGAAAUAUCUUUGUUUAUAAUAUCAUUGUGUUGUCUGCAGGAAAAACCAGCACGGCUGUUGCUUUAGCCAAGCAUUAUGAAGCUUCUCUCCUCACCCUCGAUGGCAUAGUCUGCGAUGCUAUUGCCAACGGUAACACAUCAGCCGGUCUCAAGGCCAGGGAACUCUGCCUGGACUCUGCUAGGAAGAAAACGGACGACAUGAGGGAGGCUGAGGGCACAGAUCUGGACAAGAAGGCCGGUUUGAGCAUUGAACAGGUUACUGCUCACACCCAAGGAGCAGGUGAUUGAUUGAUACUUUAGCCAUACUUCUGCACUAUCCCUCUUCUACUGAUUUGAUAUAUUUUUUUUUUUUUAAAAAGGAAGACUCCAACAAUACCUUCAUUAAAAUCAGGGUAGAAAUUAAGAUAUAAUUUCACCAUGGUUAGCUCCAAGAUCAAAGGACAAAGGCCAGUAGUCUGUGACCUUUUUAGCACUUCAGACCACAUUCAAAAUAACCUCUAAACACAAGUCACUUUUUUUUAAAAAUGUUUCAUAUUUUAUUCUCUAAAACAGUCUUGUUUCUUUGUAUGGUAUUUUUUAAUAAACCAGCAACUUUCUGUUCUUUACCAGGAACUUCAACAUACAAACUUGGUAUAUUUGGUUUUCUUAACCUCCUAUUUAUUUGUAUGUUGUCAGUAACACUAAAACUUUCUGUUUGCUACCUGAAAACUUUCCUGUUUUUUUUUACCUGGAAACCUCCUUUCUUCCCAGCAGCAGGCACAGUCGGAACCUCUUUGGGUUCAAACCGCAAAACCAGCACAGUCAUGGUCGACCAAAAGAACAAACAGACAGUGGUCAGUAAGAACACAGUGGUCAACUCAUCUACAGAGGGAGGGAUCGCGGUAAGUGUUUCCCCCUGGGACAUGCAUUAAAUAGUAUUAAAGCCAGGGCGGCGCCAGCUGCCGUUUGUUGGUGCCAUCUCUAUAGGCAGAACAAAAACAUUGGUGUAACAUCGAGCUUAAUUUGUACAGCUUCAUCAGUCUUUUAUCUCAGCCCGUUUAAAUUAUUGAUUAACAACAUCUUUCUUUGUAUAGAGAUCCUUAAUUUUCAGCUAGUGGAGAAAUGAAUUCUCCUAUUACUUUAUAUUAAGUCCACAGAGCCAAGGCAAGCUGCCUGAACUGAGGCGCCCUCUGGCCCCCACAAAUAUAUUUUUUUUAAACAAACCUUGAAGGUUUGUGUCCGGGGUAGGUGCCCCCUAUGUAUAUCCCUGGAAGCAGUGGCAUAGCUAGGGGAGUGCAGGGGUACUGACCGCACCAGGUGACACCAUUUUAAGGGGUGACACCAAAUUGAAAAAUUGCAUAUUUACAGAGCACAUACUGCUCAAUCUAACUGAAUUUCAUAAAAGGAUACCCGAUCACAUGUAAAUUUUCCACACACAUAACCAAUCCAAAUGCAUGCUUUAUUAAAAGUUCAAGGCUGGUGCGACAGAAUAAGGUGACCCUAUGAUUAGGUCCUAGAAACUCUGUUUUGACCAUGAUUCAAUGAAGACUGAAGUGUUCGGUAACAUUCGUAAGUGACAGGAAGCUGUAUAUAUCUAAAUUCUGAGAAAUAACGCUUUCCAUUGAUACCAAAUACUAUGUUCUCAGGUGAUUAUAAUCACAUUUUACAAUUCUUAAACACAUUCACCUCCUGACCUUCAAUUAAUUUCUUUUUGUUCUUGUAAUUUCAUACGAUGGACUUAUUUUAACAAUGAAAAAAUCCAUCUUGGAAGUCGGAGGGAGGGGAGCAACACCAUGAGUUUAGCGCACCGGGUGACACCAACCCUAGCUACGCCACUGUCUGGAAGUCCCUCAUUAAAAAGGCGCAAAAACCCUCAUCAAAUAAAUAAGCAACUCAAAACAAUCAAACCUUGCAAAUUUUUUUUAGUUUGAAAAUUUUGGUUGAAUUUGUUAAACCAUUUUCUUAAAUUGUCCCCAAAAUGUGAACAUUGUAAAGCUAACUUUCCAGUGUCCCCAAAAUAUGAACAUUGUAAAGCCAAGUUUCCAGUGUCCCCAAAAUGUGAACACUGUAAAGCCAAGUUUCCAGUGUCCCCAAAAUGUGAACAUUGUAAAGCCAAGUUUCCAGUGUCCCCAAGAUGUGAACAUUGUAAACCCAAGUUUCCAGUGUCCCCAAAAUAUGAACAUUGUAAAGCCAAGUUUCCAGUGUCCCCAAAAUAUGAACAUUGUAAAGCCAAGUUUCCAGUGUCCCCAAAUAUGAACAUUGUAAAGCCAAGUUUCUAGUGUCCCCAAAAUGUGAACAUUGUAAAGCCAAGUUUCCAGUGUCCCCAAGAUGUGAACAUUGUAAAGCCAAGUUUCCAGUGUCCCUAAAAUAUGAAAAUUGUAAAGCUACGUUUCCAGUGUCCCCAAAGUGUCAAGAUUAUUAACCCAAUUUUCCAGUCGUGUUUCUAGGUUUCUUUCUUUGCUUGCCAGGCCCCGAUCAGCCCAGUUCCUAUCCUGGCCCCGGCUCCCAGAAGGCUGAGCAUCAGUGCCAGCAUUGCUGGGGAGGAAGGCUUGUUCUCCUGCAUCCUGCCUGAGGACUUACUGGUGGAGAUAAUAGCUGACAGGUUGCAGGUAGGUUGUGGACUUACUUGUGGAGAUAAUAGCUGAUAGGUUGCAGGUAGGUUGUGGACUUACUUGUGGAGAUAAUAGCUGAUAGGUUGCAGGUAGAUCAUGUAUUCUGUUAUCAAGUUAUUUGAGUCGGUUUCAGUGAAGUGGUACGUCCUUUAAACAGUGAGGGAAAUCUUUACAAAAUAAGCUAUGAGUAAUGAUAACAAGUCAGUAGGAAUGGUAUAAAAGUAUAAAGUCUAUGUGGUUGGAAUGGUAUAAAGUCUAUGUGGUUGGAAUGGUAUAAAGUCAAUGUGGUUGGAAUGGUAUAAAGUCCAUGUGGUUGGAAUGGUAUAAAGUAUAAGGUUGGAAUGGUAUAAAGUAUAUGUGGUUGGAAUGGUAUAAAGUCCAUAUGGUUGGAAUGGAGCAACAUUAUUAUUUUUUUAUGGCAACUAUUAUUUAAAUAUAUAUUUAAUGACUUACCCUUCUGUUAUUUCCAUGAUAGCUAAACGACUGCCACAAAGGUAUUGUGUUUGACGGGCUGGAGACGUCGUUUUCUCAGAACUACUUCACAGCGGCCCAUGCGGUCCUCAAGGCUUUGAACAACAGAAGGUUUAUCUACUUUGUCACACUCAAGAUGGACUACAAUGUGUUGAAGGAACAGGAGAAGAAAGCCCAUGAGGAAAAAGGUGAGUGGGCUCCUUUAUAAAAUGAAGAAUAGUUUUUAUUUGGUUGAUUAGAAAUGUGCUUCUAAAAAAAAAAGUGUGUUAUUGGAAAAAGUCACCACAUACCUUGUUUUUAACUGUCGAUGUGAAGAAUGUGUAAGAUCUUGUUAUAAAAGGCUGAUUAUACUGUUCAUAAACAACUGAACAAGUAUUCCAUGAAUAAAAAAAUAAGCAUUGUGAAACACUGGGUUAAUACUCAGGUUAUUUUGUCUUAAAAUUUAAUGAAGUUCCAUCUUUCAAAUAUUUAAAUUAGACACACAAAAAUCUGUGUAAAUAAAACAACAGAUGUUAAGCUUUAAUAACGGUUGCACAAAUACAAAUGUAGAUGUUUGGGCAAAUGCCUGCAGCAGUGCCAAAAACAAAAAAACGUUCAUGUAAGUAUAAAUUAAAUUUACAUUUAUAUGAAUGUUGUUUUUUUUUUGCUUGUUAUUUUUUGUGUUUAUUGCAGGGUCCCUACGUCUUCUCAUGAUCAUGAUCAUGUUUUCAAAAUGAGAACAUAAAAUAGUUUACUUGAUUUUCAAAGACAGAAGUUGUAAAAUAUUUGCUUGUGUUUUGUUGAUAAUUUGAUCAGAGCUGUAAAAUAUUUGCUUGUGUUUUGUUUAUAAUUUAAUCAGAGCUGUAAAAUAUUUGCUUGUGUUUUGUUGAUAAUUUGAUCAGAGCUGUAAAAUAUUUGCUUGUGUUUUGUUGAUAAUUUGAUCAGAGCUGUAAAAUAUUUGCUUGUGUUUUGUUGAUAAUUUGAUCAGAGCUGUAAAAUAUUUGCUUGUGUUUUUUGUUGAUAAUUUGAUCAGAGCUGGAAACCAGGCUGAAGGAGGAGGCUGAACUCAUCUGGUUGGAGGAGAUGGAUGAGGAUGAAUAUGAUAACCUCCCAGAAGAGGUCAAGGCCAGGAUCGACUACAAACGGCUGGUACUGAAAAAGGAGAGAAUCAAAAGGUAAGAAAUAAAAGCUUGGGAUGUGUGCCUGAUAAUAAGCAUAUGAUUUGUAGUUGAUACAGAUGAAGAUAAUAAGCAUAUGGUUUGUAGUUGAUACAGAUGAAGAUAAUAAGCAUAUGAUUUGUAGUUGAUACAGAUGAAGAUAAUAAGCAUAUGAUUUGUAGUUGAUACAGAUGAAGAUAAUAAGCAUAUGGUUUGUAGUUGAUACAGAUGAAGAUAAUAAGCAUAUGAUUUGUAGUUGAUACAGAUGAAGAUAAUAAGCAUAUGGUUUUUAGUUGAUACAGAUGAAGAUAAUAAGCAUAUGGUUUGUAGUUGAUAAAGAUUAAAAUGUUAGCAGAAUAUUGACAUAAAACAUUUGAAAUUUUUGAUAAUUUUUUAUUUAAUAUUCAGUUCUAAUUAGAAUAAAUAGAGUUAACUUUCUGACUCUUCAGCCUGCUUAAAAAAUCUGUUAAGAUUGUCUGUUUCUAAUGAAUACACAGGGGUAAUGCCCAGGCAUAAUGCAAACAAUUUAACAUGAACCUGCACCAUCCCAGGGGAACAUGUUUUAAACUAUUUAGGAAGUUGCGAUUUUUCUCCAAGUUGUGACUUUUCUCCAAGUUGUGACUUUCCUCCAAGUUUUGGCUAUACCAACAGAUCAAAAUGAGAACAUAAAAUAAAUGAAAAUUUUAUAUUUUCUUAAAGAGAGCAACAAGAAAAGGCCGAACGAGAGCGGAUUGAGAGAGAGCAAAGAGAAGAAGAGGAAAGAAAACGAGAGGAAGAAAUGUAAGUAUUGAUGAAUGUAACUAAAAAUAUCUAGUCAUAAAUGUAUUCGAUAAAAUAAAUCCUCCAUCUGGUAGUUGAGCUUUUUUCUAGGCUGUAUAUCUCGAUGGCAGAAAUGUAUUUUACAAUUUUCUAAAUUUUACAUUUGUCAAUGCUGCCCUACUUUUAAACAAAUAAACGGCUCAGUAACGUACCCUUUUAUUUCCUUACUUUUUCUAAAAGUGAUUUAAUAAAACCUACACAUAUUAUAAUAACAAAAUAAUUUGUUUGUUUUAUUUCUGUGUUACAAGAACAAAAGUUGUAUUAUUUUCAAGCAUUUUUACAGAAAUACAGAUGGCUAAAAUCAAUUAUUCAAGUAAUUCCUCUUUACUGCAAUUUAAAAAAUUGUAACUCAUUUAGCUUGAAAAAAUGUCUCUAAAUGUUUUAUAAUGUCUAAAUAUUUGUCCAUAUGGAAUAUAAAUCUAUGUCCUAUAAAGGAAAAGUCGCAAAAAUCGAAAGAAGGCUGACAAGAAGGCAUCCACACUUGUUAGAUCUCCGGCCGCUCCAGCGACUAAAACUCCCGGUGGACUUAAAGUUCACGAUUCUGAGAAACCCCUCGGCACAGACCGACCAGAGUCCCAUGCCACUGUGAAAUCUGACCCCCAGCUGGACGAUGGAAAGUAAGCAGUACUUUUUUUCCUUCUAAAUGACAAUCAAGGAUAUUUUGGGCUACCUGCUGACUUUUUACACAAAAAAAUUAUGGCUGUUUAAAUUAUUUUUCACUCCAUAGUCAUCUUUUUAAAAAACAUUUAGCUUUAAUAAAAUUUCUUAGUUUUUAUCAUGCUAAAAAUGGACUGAGCUAUGCUUUGCCCAAAAUGGCCUGUCUACAAAAUGUGGGUUUUGCAAAAUCUUGAUAAGCAAUAAGAGUAUGAGCAGUUGCUGGGGUAUUAAAAGUCAGAUAAAACUAACUCAUGACAACUUGUCAACAAAUCAAUGUGGAAUGACAUUGGGCUUAAUCCCUCCACCUGUGUAUCAGCAUAAUUACUUAAUUUUAUUCAAAAUACUGUGUAGUUCCAAGAUUGAGAUUGUCAUAUUGUUGUCAUUUUAUUCAUGAUGUACUUGUGUUAUUGUUUAUCUUUGAUGGUACUAAUGAGCACCAAAAAGGUUAUAACAGAUCAUUUGCUUCAUACGUAAAAAGACAAAUUGAACAGAUGAACAAAUGUGUGAGCAUCAAAGACAUUUGAACAAAAGCAGAAAAUGGCAAAAAUUAUGAUGUACAGGAAAUGACUGGCUCUGAAAUAAAUAAUUAUUAUUUAACUGCAUCAUGUGUUUGCGUUCUAGAUGUAAGAUUCCAGCAAGAUUUUAAAUUUAGGUCCAAAAUGAGUUCAGGAAAUUUCAUAUCAGUCUUAAAAUCUUAGACCAACAGCUCCUCAAAGAUAGUGAGAUUAUGGCUAUGACAGACUUGAUUGUACCACUAUGAAUCAAUUUGUUUGUAAAAAGCAACAUUGGACAGAGAAUUUCUGCAUAUUCCGAUAAAUUAAAUGUGUCCAAACAAAAACUCGACUUUUUGCAAAGAAUAUCUGGCCAUAGUUCUUAAGCAAUAUACCGAAAAACAAAUAUGGGUGCCUUCAGAAAGAUGAGCAUAUCUGAUUUUUCUUGACAUCGUCUAGCAUCGAUGCAAAAGAAAAUACUGUCAGAUAAUGCAGAGCAUAAGAAUGGAAUAAGAUUCCAUUUUGUAUUAUCUGCAUACAAUUCUUUAUUGCCACGUUCCUUUCAAGUUCAAAAGGAAUAAUUUGGAAGUAAAAAAUGACCAAACGUUGAAAAUAACCCUCCCCAAAAGCAAAAAUUAGAACAGGUUGUGCUUGGUCUGUCCGGAUAGUUACUUUCACUUUGGACUAAAUAUCUGUAGAUAAUAGUGAACUUCAUUGGAUAUUGAGUUGAAUAAGAAAAAUUUAUGCUCAGCAAAACAAGCUCCAAGUGUCCAAUAUUUUGGUAUGUUUUUACUUGAGAUAUCCCACAAAUUUCUGGGGAGUGAGAGAAAAAUGCUUGUGGAGCACUGCUCUACACCCCAAAAAUGGAACCGAUUGACUUUAUUUUAAUGACAUUACUGAUUACUACCAUUCCUGAUUAUAUUAUCAACAUUUGAGUGUUACUUUUUUGACACCCAGCAGGAAAAAGAAAAAAGGCGGUAAGAAAGGGGAACAUGGGGAAAACAGUACACUGGAGGAUGCCAGGGACCUGAACAAGGAAGCAGACAUGUUGCUGAUGAGCAGGUAAGUUGGGACACAUAUUUUUCCAGAAAUAUCAACAAGUAUUUUCAGCUGCAAUUUUUUACACUUGUUAUAUGUUGUUCGAGGAUCGACGAGGACCAUCAAGUCGUCCAGUGACUGAUGACUUGCGCAGGUGACUUUUGUUUAAAGUGAGGAAGAGUUGCGCAGCGUCAACCUCACUCUCUCGUCUGGGCCACCAUAUCCAGGGGCAAGACUCUACGUCAAGAUGACCAGGGAUGGGUACGGUUACAGAAAUUGUCAUUGUAUGCGCUUUACUGGACUCCAACUCCGGGUUUGAAUUCAGAGUUUCCUUCUCUUAGAUGAGUUGCCGACCAAGGUUAACGAGUCUCAUCCACCCGGGGUGAUGUUCUUGCUUGACUGGCCUUUGGCUGGAAUUGAACUCCAGACCACCAACUUGAGGUUUGCUCAGUUAAGAGCAUUCGGCCACCCAGUCACCCAUGCAGUGAAUGGCGUUCUACGUGUCUGGCCAUGCUCUUAGCGAUUCACAUCACUUUACUAUCUCCGCCUUUUGUCCGUUGACCAAGUAGUGGUUCUUCCGCACAAUUUUCUGGAUUCAGUCUUUACAUGCUAUGGGGGACAAGCCCUUUUUUUCUGAAAGUUCUAUGCCUUUCGGCUACCUUCAACCUGGAAUCGUUGCCUGGGUUGUGGUCGCUGUGCAUGUUACAGCUUCUUGGAACCACAGUUGAGAGCUGAGUACAGAGACUUCCGGCUGUUUUCCAACAAGAUGGUUUCUUCCUAUUCAGCCUAACAGUAGAUCUAUAUUGUAGCUGUAUUUAGAAGAAGAAAUACGUUGAUAACAGCAUAAAGUCUGAUCCUGAAUGAAACCGCUAAAAAAUUAAAAUUAAUUAAAAGUUCGAAGUUUCUUGCGCCGAAGCAAAUUUCCAAUAAUCAUUUUUAGCUGUCUCCUUUACUUUACCAAAGUGCUACACACUGAGAUUCCUUCCUUUUGUGUAUCAUUAUACCGCCAUCUUGUUGUAGCUGGAAGUUAUCCUUUGCAUAGUGACAAUGGAGAUUUUGUUAACAAAAUGUUGUUGAGAGAAAAAUUACGUAUCCGAAAUAAAGAUUCUGAUCCUGUACAGAUUCUUAAGCGUAUAUUCCAAAGAAAGAACUAUUUCAUACGAUUAUUUUCUAUUAAAAUCCAUGUUUCCUUCCUUUUAUGUUCUUUUGGAUUUUUUUCUCCGCCAUCUUGUUGCAGCCGGAAGUGGUCUAUAGUUAUAUAGUUGUAUGUUAAAUGGUAAUAUAUUUCAGUGAAUGUCAACUGUUAAUCCUUUACAGUGAUAAGAUGGUUAGGCUGUGCAUAUGGACUGAUGCAAGAUGAUUAGCUGCACAGUGCAUGAGACCUUGUUGGGAAUCUUAAAAGUGAAUGUUGUGAAAUGCCACAAGGACAGACAUUUCUGUGAUUUCAACUUUUAAUGCCCCAUGUCUAUGUUCUUAAAGCUAAAGCACACAGCAAAGUUUCUUAUCAAGAUGAUGGUUAGGCAGCUAAAUAGGCUAAUGUCAUGAUGCAGAAUUAUGUUUUUGUAAAUGAAGUUUCUGCUGAAUCCAAAAUUCCCACCUUCUGUAUUUUUUAUUACACAGAUUCCGCACCUUUGAAACAUAUCAAAAAGAUAUCCAAGACCUCCUUGAAUUCUGGGACCGUACAACUCUACAACCCCGUCGCCCCAACUCACCUUCUGACAAGUCAGAGGAAGAUCACAAAGAAUUUUCAGCGUCGGGAAAGAAAGGGAAACAGAAAGGUUUGUUUACAUUUUAUUAAUUUAGGGAAAACAUAAAAUGCAUUUAACAAUGGGUGGCAUGAUUUUGGGGAUACGUUGUGAUAACAUUAAGAAUUUGUUAACAUUUUUGGGAAUUUUGACUUUAAAUUUGUGUCCCAAACAUUGUCAGACCUUAAAAAUAAUCAAAUGUACCGACAUUUCAGUAAUAUUCUGAUAAUAUGAUAUUUAGCUAAAAUUAUACGUAUUACUAUCAGAUCAUAUUAUGCCAUGCACAUAUUUUAGCGCCAUCUGGCAUUGAGGAAGGUAAGCUGUAAGCUAGACAUACUUGUCUCAUUGGUUUUGUUUGUGUUCAAUCAAAUUAAAUGAAUUCAGUCCAUAAAGUGCCAGUGUUUCUCUUGUGUUACAAAUUUCUCUUGAAUAAUUGACUUUACCCUUAUAAGUGAUUGAAUGACCGGUUAUAUGACUAAAUUGAAGCAAACAUGACCAGUUAUAUGACUAAGUUGAAGCAAACAUGACCGAUUGUAUGAAUAAGUUGAAGCAAACAUUUCAUUUUACCAAUUUUUUUAUUUAAUUCACUCAUAUUUUCUGUGGCUGCAGCAUUUAAUUUAUAUUAUUUUUUUUUAUUCAAAAGUAAUUGUCAACUUGUUUUUUGUUUAAUGAGACAAAUUGGGAAAACUGACUGGGAAAACUGACUGGGGAAAACUGAUUGGGAAAACUGACUGGGAAAACAGAUUGGGAAAACAGAUUGGGAAAACUGACUGGGAAAACAGAUUGGGAAAACUGACUGGGAAAACAGAUUGGGAAAACUGGCUGUGAAAACUUAUUGGGAGAACAUCUUGAAUAAGCUUUUGUUAAUAUAAGUGUAAAAUGGUGACUGAAAUAAAAUAAAAAAAUAAAAUCUUCAUGUGUAGAAUUGAAUGAAAUGUUAAAAGCAUUGAGAAGAAUUCAUUUUAAAGCUUGAAUGGGUUUCUAGACAGGAGAUACAGUUUGUAGCUCAGGUUUGGUGCACAAUCAGAGUUAAUGUCAUAUUACAGCUAGGGCAUUAAACUAAUAUCUUGAUUACUUAUGUUUACAUUUUUUUGAGAAUAAGAGUCGAUGAUUUCAAAACACUUUCAGAUAAAACAGACAAGCAGAAGGAGCAGGAAAGACUUAAACAUGAAAAAGAAAUGGCAGAAAAAGCUGCAAGGGAGGUAAAGGAGAAAACAAAUCUACAAAAUAAAUUGAAAUCCCUGAUACAGAAGUGAUGUGAUAAGGGGAGAGUACAGAGUACAGUAAUAGGAUCUAAGUACCAAAGGAAUUUUUAUUAUUUCUGGGGUGGGGGUACUAACUAGUCCGUUAACUUAUCUGUCAGUAGUGGAGUUCAUUUUAAAUUAAAUUGUUACGUAUCAUUCUUGACCGACUAGCGGAGGUAUAACAAGAUAAUGAACAGAUGUCAGCAUCUACGUACCAUUAUUGUGUAGCGUAACCUAUUGACUUAAUCAAUGUCAUUGUGGUUGUAUUUGUGAAGCCAAAUUAUUACUAAGACUACAUGGAUAGAGGAAUAUGGAAUAAGAUGGUAGGGACAAACUUAUGGAUAGGGGAAUACAGUAUAAGAUUGUAGGGACAAACUUAUGUAUAGGGGAAUUUGGUGUAAGAUAAAAAUGGCUAAAGGUAUGGAUAGGGGAAUAUUGUUGUUCGUCAGUCGGGAGUCGGCCAUGACCAUUUUAAUCAUCAGAGUUUGUGCUGGUUCUGUCUGUGGGUGCGCAGAUGGCUAAUGAGGUCGAUUCUGGCACGAAAUUCUCUUGUGCAGGGGAAUGAUGGCGCAUCUCCGGGAGCAUAGAAUUACAUACAUUUUUGUUUUAAAGUUAAUAAAGUUUGCUUGGAGUCGAGUUGUUCAAAACAAGACAUGAAAUGAUGCAACACUAUUUUGACCUACUUGUUGAGAACCACUAAGACAAAGUGAGCAGCCAGCUUUAAUGUUUACACUGUCGUCAUCAAAAUUAUAGUAAAUUAAAUUAUGACAGAAUAUUGAAAGAUGUUCAAUUUUAAUUUUUUUUCUUUUUUGAAACACACGUUUUCAGGGUCUGUUCAAUCAAAUCAAUAAAUGUUGUUUUACUCUGCAGGCCGCCUUGGUGGAAAGUGAUCAGAAAGAUGGUCUGGACAAGGAUGAAAAGAAAGAUGUUAAUAACAUUCCACACAUCGUUGUGGACUGUGCGGAGAAAAAGAUUAUUGUCAUGACGAAGCCUGUAGUGGAGUCCCAAACAACCGUGGAGGUAAGUGUAAAAAUAACUAGUCAAUAGAGCAGUGUUUCCCAACCUUUUUUAUACAUUAGGGCUAAGCGGAGCACAGGUUGGGAACCACUGUUAUAUAGAUAUAUACAUAUUUAUAUACACCAUGAAAGAUUAUAUUGUUAUAUUUUAUGUUAGUCUAGAAGUAUACAUUUAAGGUUAAUAUUUAUCAUGACUGAUAAGUGUGCCCUAAGUCACUGAUGUGCCAUGACUGAUAAGUGUGCCCUAAGUCACUGAUGUGCCAUGACUGACACUAAAAAGAGUGCUGAUGGACUGUAACGAAACUACAUUCAAACUUAAAGAGUAUAAAUCACACACACCCUCUCAAAGUGUGUCAUUUGUUCUACCAUAUUUUCAAUGUUUGGCUGCACUUCUCUACAUGUUUAUUCCCCCCCCCCCCGACUUCGUCCAGUCUCAUUCCAAUGAUGACCAGGCCAAGAAAAUGUUGCAAAUUAGAGGAAGCAGUCAUUCAUCUCUUAAGUUAGAUCUAGUAGGAUCCGUUGAGGGUAAGGGUAGAAAAAAAAGCAUUGCGCUGAAGAAAAGCACUGCUUCACUGAAGGAGACGAAAGGAGACAGAAACAAAAACGCAAACAAUAAUCUGACUGUCAAACACAUCAUCACAACGGUGGAAAUAGACAAAAUAAUGUCUAAACUCUUUCCUGUAGGUUUAUUAGACUUAAAUUUGAUCCGUUGCAUCUCCAGUUGCAUUUCUUUUUUUGUGGAAUUUUCCAUUGUUUGCAUGGUUCUUGUUCAUUGGUUGCAUCGUUCUUUUUCAUUGGUUGGAUGGUUCUUGUUCAUUGAUUGGAUGGUUCUUAUUCAUUGAUUGGAUGGUUCUUGUUCAUUGGUUGGAUGGUUCUUGUUCAUUGGUUGGGUGGUACUGCUCUUUGGUUGGAUGGUUCUUGCUCAUUGGUUGGAUGGUUCUUGUUCAUUGGUUGGAUGGUUCUUGUUCAUUGGUUGGGUGGUACUGUUCUUUGGUUGGAGGGUUCUUGUUCAUUGGUUGGAUGGUUCUUGUUCUAUUAUUCAAGUUAUUGAUCAAAUGUUUUAUGUGGUCAGUGACUAAUCAGUUUCAACUUUGAUCAAUAAUUGCGAUGCAAUAAAGUUGAUUAUUUGAUCAUUGAAAAUCAUUGGUUACCAUUUUGAUCAGCUCUCUAAGCUGGCCUUUAAGGUGUGCAACCUGUGCCCUCAAACAGGGCGCUGUGGCCAUAGGGGCACCCAGUAAAUAUUUGAAUUCCCUUAGUUUAUUAUAGUGAUGUGUGAACCUCGUGUCGGGGGCCAAGAAACAGUGUUCUAACUUUUCGUACAAUGAGCUUUCAUACAAUGAGUUUCCAUUCAAUGAAAGUUCCACUCUUGAUUUAGAUACUAACACUGGGUUUGGGACCAACCGAAGGGGCGUAGAAAUUAAUUUAUUAAUACCGUAUUUCCUUAUCCCUCUUACAAUUAUUUCAGCAGAAAGAAUAUGGGAACAAAAAGCUUUCCGGGGCGCAAAAUUGCAAGUGCAAAGCAGAAAAGUAUGUCAUAAUAGGAAAAAGAGUGGAGCCAUACGGGGACAGGGAAGGGGGCGCAGAACGGGUGCUUGGCACAGGGCGAAAGUUUACCUAAGGCCGGCGUUGCAGCUCUUAUUUACUUAUAUAGAGAAAAAUAUCCAAGAACUUGGUGGCAGGGAAGUUCCAAGUAUAGCAGCUUUAUAAUAAGUGUUGCCCUUUUCAGAAGAAGAAAAUACAUUUUUUUUCAAAUUCGCCUCCGAUUUUUUUGAGACUUUUUAAAUGCUUUGUAUUUUUAAUGAGAAAAAUUGAAUUUGGCCAUUGUAAGGUGAUUAUUUUAUUUCAUCUCAAUGGGAAAAUUACUUAUUAAAUUAUGAACUCAUCUGAGCUAACAUUUAAAACUGAGAUGAUGUAUUAAAAAAAAUAAUAGUAAUAGUAAUAAUUUAUGAGCCCGAAAUACCCGGCUGUUGGGGUUAUUUAGAUUAGAUGAGCUUUCAAAGAUUUAUUUUAUUGGCUUUUCUCCAUUGUUUAAGACAAUAAAUUCCUAUUUGCCUAACAUCCAUCAAAUGUUGACUACAGGAGCCAGUUCAUGUUGUUGAGAAGCCGACCGUUACUACAUACGAUCAUCUUAUCCUGGAGUCUGGACGGCUGCCUGCAAAAGAAGAAGUGAGUAAAAUGGCUGUAUUUCUUCACGUAGGUUACAGCAACGCUUUGCUACUUAUCCUUAGUUCAAUGGCAGUGCUUCUCAACUAAUCAUUUGGCGUAAUAAUGUAAGUGUUUCUCAACUAAUCAUCAGGUAUAAUAAUGGCGAUAUUUCUCUACUUAUCAUUAGGUAUAAAAAUAGCAGUACUUGAAUACUCAUUACUUGAUAUAAUGGAAAUGCUUCUCCAUUUAGAAUUAGGUAAACAAUGCCAAAUUUUUUCAACUUUUAUUGCCUCCCAUUGGUCCUGAUUAAAUCCCUGCACGUCAGCUACACAUUGAAUGAGUUGGGGUUAUUCAAUGAUACCAGGGGUUUGCAAGCUACACAUUGAAUGAGUUGGGGUUAUUCAAUGAUACCAAGGGUUUGCAAGCUACACAUUAAAUGAGUUGGGGUUAUUCAAUGAUACCAAGGGUUUGCACAUCAGCUACACAUUGAAUGAGUUGGGGUUAUUCAAUGAUACCAAGGGUUUGCACAUCAGCUACACAUUGAAUGAGUUGGGGUUAUUCAAUGAUACCAAGGGUUUGCACAUCAGCUACACAUUGAAUGAGUUUGGGUUAUUCAAUGAUACCAAGGGUUUCACAUCAGCUACACAUUGAAUGAGUUGGGGUUAUUCACACAUCAGCUACACAUUGAAUGAGUUUGGGUUAUUCAAUGAUACCAAGGGUUUCACAUCAGCUACACAUUGAAUGAGUUGGGGUUAUUCAAUGAUACCAAGGGUUUGUACAUCAGCUACACAUUGAAUGAGUUGGGGUUAUUCAAUGAUACCAAGGGUUUGUACAUCAGCUACACAUUGAAUGAGUUGGGGUUAUUCAAUGAUACCAAGUGUUUGCACAUCGAGCGAUUUUCAUUGACAAACCAAAGAAACUGAAAAAUGGGAAACUUAAAUGGUAGACUUAAAUCAUAGGCUUAAAUGGUAGACUUACAAGUUAUUGGCACACCAAAUGGAUUAGAAGUCUUACUUGGCACGCUUGACCCUGAAUUACACCACUAAUAUAUAUAACACUAGCAAUGACAUUAAAUAGGUUUGUGGCACACGUUAUGAGAAUCAGCCAUUUUCCAUAGUCCAUGAAAUUUGUACAUCUUCUACUCUAAUCAAUCAAUACGUUUCUUUGAACGAGAAAACCAUAUAUGGAUUUCUUUUUUCUGAAUGUUGUUUGAUGAAUUGUUUAUUGAUGUGUCAUUCAAUGACUAGGUUAUGGAUGGGCUUGGUAUGGGACAACAUGGACCCCCGAUUCCACCUGCCGCCACAUUUGCAGUUAUCCCUUACCCAGUCAAGCGCAAACCACCAGCUCUUCCAGAAGCGGGAGGGAGAUACAUGUUUAUGUCCUCAUCCCCUGAUGAUCCGUGAGUCUGACAUGGAAAUGUAGAAUAAAUGUCUGAUUUAGAAAUGUUGAAUAGAUGCCUGAUUUAGAAAUGAUGCAAAAAAGUCUGGUUUUGAAAUGUUGAAUAAAUGUCUGAUUUAGAAAUGUUGAAUAGAUGCCUGAUUUAAAAAUGUUGAAUAGAUUCCUGAUUUAGAAAUGAUGAAUAAAAGUCUGGUUUUGAAAUGUUCAAUAAAUGUCUGAUUUAGAAAUGUUGAAUAAAAGUCUGGUUUUGAAAUGUUGCUUAGAUGUCUGAUUUUGAAAUGUUGAAUAGAUGUCUAAUUUAGAAAUGUUGAAUAGAUUUCUGAUUUAGAAAUGUUGAAUAUAUUUCUGAUUUAGAAAUGUGGAAUCGAAGUCUGAUUUUGAAAUGUUGAAUAAAUGUCUGCUCAGGAAUUUGGGUCCCGAGGAAAAAGCCAAAGAAGCUGAAUUAGAGGAGGAGUUGGUUCCCACACCUGAUAAGUUGAAAGAAGACCUGAAGGGCAAAGGAUCCAAAGUGGUCCCUGAUAAAGGAAGGACAAGCAGUGACAGAAAGAAAAGUGCUGAAAGAAAAAAGCUGUCCAGGCGUAAUUCAGUUGUACCCUCAGUGUCGCCCGAUGGCACCAACGCAGCGGUGGAUGUCGAUGUCAGGUGAGUUUCAACGGAAAUAUCAUCUUUUCUCAUCAGUUCAGUUUAAUUUUGUUCUUUUUGUGAUUACCCCUGAAGAAUCAUUUCUCAUAAAAAAUCAAUUGUAUGUCAUAUUCAUGGGAUUAUUUGGUUUUACUUGGAGAAAAAUUUAAAUUACCUUUUGAUAAAAUCUAGCAGGAAACUUUUAUUUUAAGUAUUUCAUAUUUGAGCUGAGGAGAAAAUUAACACAAGUAAGUGUUGUCCCAGGACGCAACUUCCCAUGAAAUAAUUAAAAUGGCAUACAAUUUAAAAGACAUGAUUAGUUUCCUGAUAAUAUGAAUAUUGUCGAGAAAUAGUGGCGCUAGGUGUGGAGAUAAAAUAGUUUUAUACAACUCUGAAGAAUACAGUGGAGAAAUUCAUCUUGUAUUCUUCGUCACUGUUCAUCAAUUAACUGUAACUGGUUGAAGAAGCUGGUGAAGUUAUAGACUGUAAUAACUGUAAGUUUUGUUACCUGCUACUUUCUUCCGCAAGCUUAGCAGUGUCAACCUCAUAAUUUUGUUUGGUAUUAUGAUGUCUUGAGAUGUCUUCUGACAUCUUGUGAUGUUUAGAUCAAAUUUACAUUCUCAAGAGCGUCAUUUUUAUUUAAAGUUUGGAACUUCACAUAGUUUUUUUAGCAUAAAAACUUUCUAGCGACCAGAUAUUUUAUCAUAUAUCAUUGAUCGUAUCUGACAGAAUACAAUACCUAAUCCAAGCACUUUUUACUUCUCGUGUAUUGGCAACUAUAAAUAAGAUGGUCAGAAGGAUUUUCUUUUACAAUUUCUUUUAAUUUUUGAAAAAAAAUUUCAUUGGUAAAGUCAUAAGUAAAAGGCUGCUUUUAUAUGUCAUAUAAUCAAUGUCUAUUUUGAACAUCAUUAUUGUAUUAACUAUUACUGAAAUAUCUAUUUCCAACCAAAAGUCGUCAGGGAACACAGACAACAACUAUGGAGAAUGUGCCAAGUAAACCGUAAGUAUCUUGAAAUCUUAUAUUUCAGAAGAAAGGGAAAGAGAAUGUGGCAUGCAUAUAAGAUGAAUGAAAAAAGAUGUCAUGAAAUGUUUCACUUGUCUACAAGUGAGGUUUUUAAUGGUUUUAUUACAUUUAACAACUAGAACUAAUUAAUGUAAUCUGAUAGAUCAAACUGUAUUAUAUAAAUGAAGUGGGUCAGACCCUUGGCACAUAUUUACAUUGUUCUAAGUUAGUAGUAUUCUUCAUGUCUCAAAUUGAUAACUUUUCAAACUUUUAAUUACCAUGUCUGGGCUGCAGAGUAGCAUAUUAGAUCUUUUUAAUCCUGUAACCUGUGACAUCAAGGAUUCUUCACUUUAUCAUAUUGAUAUCAGUAACUGCUUAGAAUAAAAAUAAAUUCAGCAUCCAUUUUCCCAAUUAUUUGUCAUUGUGGGAACAUGUUGGAAUAUAAAUUCAGCCAUUAAAAAACGUUUAAAUGGUCCCAGAGUGCAUAAAAAUAGAUUUUACCAAUUGGUGUUUGCUGAGAAUGUCCAGAAUUAACCAAUUGGUGUUUGCUGAGAAUGUCCAGAAUUUACCAAUUGGCGUUUGCUGAGAAUUCCAGAAUUAACCAAUUGGUGUUUGCUGAGAAUUCCAGAAUUAACCAAUUGGUGUUUGCUGAGAAUUCCAGAAUUAACCAAUUGGUGUUUGCUGAGAAUGUCCAGAAUUAACCAAUUGGUGUUUGCUGAGAAUGUCCAGAAUUUACCAAUUGGUGUUUGCUGAGAAUGUCCAGAAUUUACCAAUUGGUGUUUGCUGAGAAUGUCCAGAAUUUACCAAUUGGUGUUUGCUGAGAAUGUCCAGAAUUUACCAAUUGGUGUUUGCUGAGAAUGUCCAGAAUUUACCAAUUGGUGUUUGCUGAGAAUGUCCAGAAUUUACCAAUUGGUGUUUGCUGAGAAUGUCCAGAAUUUACCAAUUGGUGUUUGCUGAGAAUGUCCAGAAUUUACCAAUUGGUGUUUGCUGAGAAUGUCCAGAAUUUACCAAUUGGUGUUUGCUGAGAAUGUCCAGAAUUUACCAAUUGGUGUUUGCUGAGAAUGUCCAGAAUUUACCAAUUGAUGUUUGCUGAGAAUUUCCAGAAUUUACCAAUUGGUGUUGUGGCGAAAUGUUGUCUAGGGGUAGGUCCCUCUUCCAACGGCCACAGAUAUACUAUCAAACCAGAGCCUAAAACCAGAGCCUAAACUCCGUUUUCUUUGAUUCUUUCUGAUAAAAAAACUUGACGCUAGAGUUUGAAGUAACAGGUAUACUUUAAGUACUAGUGUGUUGUGCCAAGACAAAAAUCUAUGACAAACAAACCAUCAAAACCAUCAAAACCAUCAAUAAUACUGUCCAUCUGUGAAAUAGUUUAACUUCCUGGAACUAGUGUAACCAAUCAGUCAUUUCUUGAAACAAACACAGCCUGACGCCCAUAACAAAAAAGUCUGCGUUCAUCAUCUCCGUACCCAUAUAUCACACCACCGGAAAUGUGUCACAGCGCCUUCAUUGCUGAGAAAAAGUGGGGCGACACAUGGGGAAGUCCCUAAAGAAAACAUCAUAGCUCAAUGUUAAACUUAAUAAGCCAGACAUAUAGCAUAAACACACGAUAUGACCGUGACAGGUGUUUGCUGAGAAUGUCCAGAAUUUACCAAUUGGUGUUUGCUGAAAAUGUCCAGAAUUUACCAACUGGUGUUUGCUGAGAAUGUCCAGUUGUAACGUAUUUACAUAUUUGUUUCCAUUGUUGCAGGAUAACAGUCUUCAGAUGGAUAAUACCAGCAGGCGGAAAUGUGACGCUGAAGCUGCGCUUUCUUUCAGAUGACCUCGGUCAGUUUGACCAGACCAUGAACUUUGAGAUCAUCGGCACCAGGCGGAGAUAUCAGAUGUUUUGUCGAGGCGUAUGUGCUUUUCCUACAAUAAGCAAGGAGCCCAGGUAAGCCAGCCAGCCAGCCAGCCAUCUUGCGUUUACAAUUAUAAAAUGUGGCUCCUCAUGUUUUAGGGGUCAAGAAACUAUUUUAAUUUUUUUUUAUUUUACUAUAUAACUUGGGCUUGAUGUCUCAUGUUAUUUUACUUUAUAACUUGGGCUUGAUGUCUCAUGUUAUUUUACUUUAUAACUUGGGCUUGAUGUCUCAUGUUAUUUUACUUUAUAACUUGGGCUUGAUGUCUCAUGUUAUUUUACUUUAUAACUUGGGCUUGAUGUCUCAUGUUAUUUUACUUUAUAACUUGGGCUUGAUGUCUCAUGUUAUUUUACUUUAUAACUUGGGCUUGAUGUCUCAUGUUAUUUUACUUUAUAACUUGGGCUUGAUGUCUCAUGUUAUUGAGGGCGUUUAUAAUCGUAGAUUCCUGCCAGUGCCCCAACAUACCAUUGCUCAAAUGUGCCAGCACCCAAACAUGUCAGUGCCCAUAAUUGCUUGUGACCAAAUUUGCUAGUUUUCAAACCUGACUGUACUCAAACAUCACAGUGCCCGAAUUUUCUACAUUCAUGCAAAAUUCAUUCAAAAUAAUUUAUGUUAUCACUAUUUUACUUUUUAUUUUCCCAGAAUUGUCUUUCCUAGCCGAAAGAAGAAUCAUCGAAUAGAAGAUAUCGUCCACAAGAAGUACAUUCUUUCAACAGAAGUUUUUGAGUUUGGUCCUUUGCUAGUUGGAAAAUCCAGAGACAAGUAAGCAAUAGCUUCAACUUCUUCAAGAAAUAGUCAUGAACAUGAGGAAACAAAAUCUAUGGACAUCACAUGCUUUUAUAAAAAAAAAAAUGUGAAGUCUUUGAGGACCUUAGAUAUCUUACCCAUCUCUCAUGAUGCACACCAUUUUUAGCUUUUGUUUGACUUACAGCCACAGCUAAGCAAAAUUUACAAUCUUACAUUAAAUUCUUUAAAAAAUUCAAUCAUUUAUUCAAAUACUGAACCAAGGCUUUCUGUUAAUUCUGUGUUUGUUUUUGUUGAACCUUCAGGUACAGGGAGGGAAAAUAUCCUGAGAAUAUGGAAACCCUAACCAUCUUGAACACCUCUCCACUGGACGCAGACAUUAGCUUCUGUUUCCAGCAUGACAGCAAAGGGGAAACAUACCUUUUGGAGCCUCCCUUCAUGUACCUUAAGCCGGGGGAGGCAGGCAAACUCACUGUGUGGGCUUAUCCUAAAGGUAACCACCUCAUGGUCAUGCACUGCAUGAAAGGGUAGACAUUUCAAGUCACUAUAUUACCACAAUGAGGUGCGACAAAGGUCUUCAUCUGUAUUUACCCUUUCAUUAGUGUAGCGUUCAUCAAGGGGAGGUGAGGGGGAAAAAUCCAACAAAUAUUGUUUAGCUUCUAAUUGGAAUUUGUUUUUACUAACACCUUCUUUGGUAUUGUAAUAGAGGUAUAAAAUAGUUUAGUUUUUUUUUUUUUUAUUUCUGUUGGUUGCCUUUGUAACCCAUAAUAGCCUCCGGUAUAAUUAUUUUUUGAGAACUUUUCAAAACCCAAAUGCUUUUACAAAUUAGCUGAAGUUAUUGCCAUAUAAUUUAAAACAUAGAUUAUUGAGCAUAUAAUAAAACUUUGUAUAGCAGUACUUUUUGAUGUCAUCACUAGUUAUACAUCUCCAGGGUUACAAAAAGGUGUCACUUUUGUUUUGUAAAAAAAAUAUGGGGGUGUGGGGGAAUUCUUUUAAACCUAUUUUCUUUUCUAAGUUAAUUAUCUUAAUUCAGGAUUAUUCGAAUGUUUAUUAUUGGUCACCGUGAACAUCUGGUGAGAUUUUGAUCAUAACUAAAAAGUUAAAAGGACCAAAGUUAUCAAAAAAAUUAGAAAAAUAAAAGAACUCUUUUUGUCCUUGAACAACAUCUAAUAAAAUAACCCUUGUGAUGGUAUUCUGUGAUAGCUUUCCUCUGCCUCAUCCACCUUAGCUUUCCUUUGCCACUUUAGCUUACUUUUGCCUCAUCCACCUUAGCUUUCCUUUGCCACUUUAGCUUACUUUUGCCUCAUCCACCUUAGCUUUCCUUUGCCACUUUAGCUUACUUUUGCCUCAUCCACCUUAGCUUUCCUUUGCCACUUUAGCUUACUUUUUCAUGUCAAUGCAUCAAACAUCUAGCAGUUUGUAACAUUUUGAAGGCGAUAUGUUUACUUGUACUUAACACCUGUAUUGUGGAUAGACAAAGAUGGUACGUUAUAACAGAGAAACAGCACAUUGUUAGGUACGGCCAUCGACAACACAAUCUUCACAAUUUAUAAUUAUAAUUAGUCAACACAAUGACUCCUCAGUAUUUUGUGUUUGAGCCAGAGUGAUGAAAAAUACUUUAAAAGAUUGAUUAGGUCCAAUUGGAAAACACAAAAUACAUAAAUGUAUGGAUUGCGAGGAUCAAUUUAGGACAACAUGGGGCCUUGGAAUCCCAGUUUAAUCCGUUCCAGAACUCUGUUCGAGUUCCAAAUCAUUAGAGUUCCUUAACAAUUUUUUUCCCUUUAAAAUAAUAUAACUGGAUUGAUCCCUUCAUGGGUCCCACAAACUCCAUGGAUCCCAAUCCAAUCUUUUUAAGUUUUGGGGACACUUGUCACUGUCUUUACUCUUCCUUUUGAGUGCUAGUAUCAGUCAUGCCUUUCAAUUCACUAAAUUCUCAUAGGGGACCUUGAUCUUCUCACAAAUUAUCACCUCAGAAAUUAAGUCAUCAGCCAGCUGUUUUUCCUUAAUUCAAACUAAGAGGAGAUUUUUCCAUCUCUUCCAUACUUUUUAGAGGUCAGUGUUGUUCAAGUUCUAGGGUGUUCAGAUUCCAAGGCCUCACUGUAUUUCAUGUUAUUACUCCAAAUAGGGUGACCAGAAAUAUGGGCACAAGACAAACGCGCACACUAUAAAUGCGCAAAGAAAAAUCUGAAAAUACAUAGUUGCGCACAGGAAAACUGCGCACACCGACAGUUGCACACACAGAAAAUAGCGCACAGCGACUAAUGUGGACACAGAAAAUUCCGCACACUGACAAUUGCGAACCUUAACAAUAGCAAACACACAAAUGCGCAAAUUUUAAUUACAUUUAAUUUUAAGCCACAUUUUUAGAUAUAACAUGAUUCAGUUCAGUUGCCUAUCAGCACAAAAGGGAAUUCGAGAGGAAUUAAAGUCUACGAAUCAGUAAGACCGUAUGAUAAAAAUUGAAUUUAAAUAUAAUUUUUUUUUUUUAAAACGUAAACAGCAAAAUAAUUUUUUUAACUGCGAAUUAUAGCGCACAUUCAAGUUACAAGUAAUUUAGACAAGAUUCUAAAUAAAAUGCUAACCCUCAAACAUUAAAAAUAUUAAACUAUUGUAGAUAAUUUUAGUUUUUUUAUUAAUUUCAAAGGAAAAAAUUCAACAAAUCGUCCCAUAAAAUUCAUAUUAAGUACUUUGUGCUAGAUUAAAAUUGAGUAGUCAAAACAAAAACAAUUUUUCUUUAAAUAAAACAAAACAUUUAACCCAUCCAGAGGUGUGAAACCUACUGUAGAUGUCAAGGUCAUUUAUUGAAAAUCUUGAGGAAAAUAAUGCUAACUACUUUUUUUCCAUUAAUUAUUGCUUUUCAAGACCACAAUUUUAUAACAUUAGUACCUACCAUUUUCAAGACCACAAUCAUAUAGCAUUUUGAUUAGUGCAUACCCUUUGUAGAAAACCAAAAGUUUAUUGGGUCCAUUUUCCUGAAUUUUUUCAUUUGUGUAAUAAAAAUAUAUUCAAUAAAUCAAGUCCAUUGGGAUUCGAAAUUUCCUAAAAUCCUCUCUUGUUUUAAUUAAGAACAGGAAACUGUCUGUCUUAACUCUGCAUGGUGGAAAUAACCUUCCAUUAUUUACACUCACAAUCUAAUUAUACCAUUAAAAAGCAUAGAUUAUGUUAAAAGACUUUGUAAACCAACAAUUCCAUUAGUUAAUCACUGAGACAUUAAGCACCAAAUUUACAAUAAUAGAACAGUAGCUUAAUUAAUAGAAGGACUAAAUAUAUUUCAAUGAGAGAGAAAAAAAUUAAGGGAAACAGUUCUGUUCUUAGAAUUACUAAACAAAUUAUAGUAGAAAUAUCCAGGAAUUCUGCUGGGGUCAUUUUAUGAUUGCUUUCCUGAGUGUACUAAAGUAAAAUGUAAUCGGCUAAUAUUAUACUUUUUUUAACUUAUUAAUAUCGCAAGUAUAUGAUAUUCGGAUUAUCAGUAUGAUUAUAGAGCAUUCUAUAGGCUAUAGCUUAAGGGUGUUAUCUUUAACUACUAUAACGAAACUUGAUUAGGCUUAGGUACUAGGAGGAGGGCAAUUAUUUUAAACUAUAGAGUAUACAGCUUAACGAAACUCAAUUAGGCUUAGGUAGGCAACUAGAAGGUGGACCAUUAUUUUAAACUAUAAUGAAUAAUGAAACAUAGGCCUAAUUAGGCUUAGACUGGGACUAAGGGUAGGAAGAUUAUUUUAAACUAUAAUUACAAUAAUUCAUUAGGACGUUAUAGUAUAGGCCUACUGUUUGUCUAAGUCUAUGGAAUUGAAAAUAUAACACGGCUUACGCCUACAGUUACGGUGUCAUUUUGCUUAUUGCAACUAUAAUUUAAAAGUAGAAAUUUAAAUUUUGGUGCAAUAAAUCUAUUGUUAUGUAUAUAAUUAAUUACUACUAUAAUUAUUAAAUGUGUGCAUAGAUCUAAUCUUUGAGUAUAAUUUUAAAACUCAGUAUUUCUUCUUUAAAAUGAUUAUUUCUAAUCCUAGCCACUUAUAAUUGCAAACUAGUCUUUUAUGCUGAUGACCAACAAUAACCUUUUCAACUCUUUAAUGAAUUUACAAUGACAUUUUAAAAUUACAAUGUGUGCAUUUGAAUGUGUUCGCUAAUGUCAUGGUUCGCAAUUGUCAGUGUGCGCAAUUUUCCCUGUACCCUUUAGUCUGUGUAUGCAAUUUUCUGACUGCACAACAGUCGGUGUGGGCAGUUUUCCUGUGCACAGCUAUGUCUUUGCAGAAUUUUCUGUGCGCGAUUAUCUCCUGUGCGUUUGUCAUGUGCGCGUGUUUCACGAACCUCAAAAUAGGUGCGCGUGUUCUCAUGCAAUGACUGUCGUCAGAAGGACAUUUGCUUUAACAUCAAAUUCACCAUUAUAACUUAACAUAAUCUGGGGGGUUAUCAAAGACGGGCUGGUUAAAAUUGUUAAACGUUUGAAUGCUAGAACAUGAUCUAAUAAAUAAAUAAUAUUGAAAGAACCGUUGUUUCAAUCCUCGGCAUAUUCAGUGAAGCACAAUGCAGAGAAUAGCGUUGGAUUAAAUAAACUUGUAGAUUUGGAUGACGACAAAUCUGACGUGUCUGAUGACAAAGAGGAAGUAAUCACAGUCAUGUCCAACAAGUCUGUACAUGCUAAUGCUAGGAGAGGGUCAAGCAAACCGUCCAUUACUCUGAUGGAGACGUAUGAUGAGGAACAGCCGGGCGUAGCUGAAAAAUACAGCGUGCCCAGGCUUGCCGCCUCAUUUGAGGAAGCUAGUCGCAGAAGAGAGACCCUGUUGCAUGAUAAGAAAAUGUCUGCCACUAAACAUCAGCAGGCGGUUAGGCCUGUAUCGUCGGCUCCCUCUUGGCCAGGUUUAGCUGCUGCCACCAGAGAUAAAUCCAAAUUGAUCACACCCAAGCCCAGUAAGAAAAAAAUAUUGGUUCCUUGUGUUCUCAGUUGGAUUAUUGUUUGGGAAUCAUUGGUUCCUUGUGUUCUCAGUUAGAUUAUUGUUUGGGAAUCAUUGGUUUCUUGUGUUCUCAGUUGGAUUAUUGUUUGGGAAUCAUUGGUUCCUUGUGUUCUCAGUUGGAUUAUUGUUUGGGAAUCAUUGGUUCCUUGUGUUCUCAGUUGGAUUAUUGUUUGGGAAUCAUUGGUUCCUUGUGUUCUCAGUUGGAUUAUUGUUUGGGAACUGUUGCACCUUGUCCUUUCUUGCUUGAUCUUAAGAUAUUCAUUUUUUUCAAUGUUCAUAUUCAUGGGGCAGUUUUUAAAAAGAUAUAAUUGUAUUUAAAGAAUGUUUGCCGUUAACUUAACAUUUCUAGCCAGUGCACAAAAUAGGAUAAAGAAACAUAUUGAAUUAUAUUUUAUGAUAGAAAUACUUGUUCACAUCUUAAAAUUCUGGAAAAGUUACAAGCUUUUAUGCGUCAUAGUUUCGUCUUAACUAAACAUUUUAAAAGUCUGGUUUAAAUGAUGAUUUUGUAAAUAAUUAGUUUUUAAAAAGAAUUACUUUUCCUUUCAGAAUUUAACAAAAAAUAAAGAUGCUACGGGCAAUGUGAAUAAUUGAGCAUUAUUCAUAAUGCUUGAUCAUUAAGAAUAAUUAAUUACUGAUAAAAUCAGGCAAUUUAAUAAUUUUGUAUUUGUCUAUGACAAUGUAGGAUAAUUUAUUACAUUGCCGGUCAUUAUAAAUACUGCUAUUAUUUCUCUGGUCACUUUAAUUAAUUGUAUACCAAGAUAAUUUAAUUAAAUUUAUUCAACUUCAACCUCUUAAACGCAAAAGAACAGAAGAAGUAGCUUAUGUGCUUUUUGAUUUUAACCAUUUUUGGUGCGCCUACUAUUUUGCAAAGUGAUAAUGGGAGAGAAUUUGCUAACAAUACUAUUAACGAACUAUGUAGCAUGUGGCCCGAGUUUAAGGUGGUACAUGGGAAGUCCAGACACUACCAAAGUCAGGGCUCCGUAGAACAUGCUAUUCAGGAAGUAGAAAAUAUGCUUUGUUCGUGACAACUAGACAAUAAUAGCAGAAAAUGGUCAGGAGGCUUUCGUUUUGUUAAAAUUAUGAAGAACAGAGCUCAUCAUAGUGGCAUAAACUGUACUCCGUAUGAGGCCAUGUUUGGAACUAAGUUAACAUUUGGUCUAAAAAGUUUUCUACCUACAGACCUUCUGCUUAAUAUAAAUUGUGAAGAGGACUUAGAAGUAAUAGUAAAAGAUAAAAACAAUAUACAGUCUGUAGAAGAAGGGGCACUGCAAAAUGAACCCGGGUCAAAUUCUUUAGCGGAGCUAGGUCCACAUCAACAAAACAAGGAGGAACUAUCUUCUAUUGUUAGUCAUGUUCAACCUUCAACUUCGUUAUCUGAACCAAGUUCUGAUUUCCAUAACAACGAAAGAGAAAUAAUUGUCUCCGAGCCAUCUGAUAUUCAAGUCUACAAUCAUGAAAAACAUGCGUAUGAAGGUUAUGAAGAAUCCUCAGAGGAUCCCAAUGUGAAAAAAAGUAAAGCCGACAUAUUAAAAAUUAGGGAGAUUUCAGCAAGCAAUCUAAAAAACCAGCUGAAAAAAUGCUUCAAACUUCUACUUCAAAAUACCCUGCUACUAAAAAGGGUGACACAGUUAGAGUUCGAGUCCCAGAUGUCGACAGGGGUCGCACCGAUGGAAGAAAUAUUUUGGUAUUUGUUCUUCAAAUAACAGAUGCCAAUCUUUAUAAAUUAGGCACGAAACAUUUAAUACUAAAAUCAACUUUAUGCUAGGAACCAAGUUACAAUAUGAAAUGAAAAGUUUAUUUAUGCUGAAGAAAUUCCUCAGUCAGAGAUUUCCCUAAGAGAAUGUGCAAGAAUGUCAUCCAAGACUGGGGGCCAAGGCUAUAGUCGAUGUGGCUGUAAAUGUGGCUGUAAAUCUGACAAGUGCAAGUGCCGUAAAGAAAAAAAGCUAUGUAACUCGAAAUGUCACCAAAGUGGAAGUUGCUCUAAUAAAAAGAAACUUUAGGACUUGACAUUUUGUAUGUAUAUGUAUUUGUAAGUACAUACCUAAUUUUUUUUUUUAGUUAGGUGUAUGUAUUUUUUAUAAAAUAUAACAUUUUAUAAAAUAUCACCACUAGUUUGUAUCUUUAUUUGUUUGUUAGUUAUUUAAAAAUUUGUUUGAAUAUAUAAUAUACUCUUAUUUUUGUAUGUUGAGAAAUAUGAAUAAACAUUUUCUUAAAUUGCCCACUCGAUUUCCAGCAUUAUUCAUAAUGCCCGGGCAAUUUAAUAUUUUCUAUAUAAUUUAUCACUUUGUCACAUCCCAUUGGGCACUUUUUAAAUUGCCAGGGCAUUAUACAUAAUGCCCAAUUAUUCACAUUGCCCGUAACAUAGAUAAUUAGCCAUCCUUUUCAAUACUGGCCCAUCAAUUCCAUUAUUUUUUUUUUAAAUUUAAUUACAAAUUUUAGUUUAAUUUCUGUUUAUUUUGUUUCUCCUACUGCCUUGGAAUUUCUGCCAAGUUGCCAGUAUAAGCAACUAGACCACACAUUUAGGACUCAACUACUUAUAUAAUUUUUAUCAGAACUGACUGUUAAACAUUCAAUAAUUCAUAAAUAAUAUAGCUGAAACUAUUGAAUCCAUUAGGCCCUCACUUGCCUCAUUAUCCAUUUUAAGGAAAUUAAUGUUAACUGUGUCGAUUUCUGAAUGGAAAUCAUGCUAUCCAUGUUAACAUGCUUCCCAUGUUUCUGGAUUUGCUACUCUUUAAACAGAUGAAACAGUGAGAUCAAAGUUUUCAAAUUACAUUUAAAUUCUACAUGGUCUUCCUCCCUGAAAACAUUUGGGAAUGAAAGGUGUCCACGUGGGUGUGGCGUACAGUAACUAAACUCUAAAAGCAUUUCAAUGAUCCCCCUGUCUAUCGGGCAGCUGAUGACCGUAUAGUUUUGUGCCAACAUUUUUGUCACUCCAGUAAAUUACCAAAGCUGUUUUUGACAAACAGUGACAGAUGUAGUCCAUGGUCUGUAGAAAUAUUAAAAUUUAAUUUUGAUGAAAAAUGUGUCGAAGAUUUACUACUGUAUACAUUUCAAUGAUCUUUAUUUAAGUCUUAAAAAUAAAAAUUAUGUUACUCAAAAUCCAGAUUCAACAGUCGAUAACUUUUUGUCCACUUAUUUCCCCCAAGAUUCUUCAUUGAUCCCCAUAAAUGGAAAUGUUUUUUUUUUAUUACAUUGUACAUAUUUAUUUUCAGCACAUAAAUAAAUACAUAUCUUAACUAAAACAACAUUUUACAAUUUUAACACAAGACAUCCAAAGUAUUUCUCUAACGCCAGAAAUCAGACAAUAUUUAAUUAUGAUAAUGACCUAAUUAGUGAUCAUUUAGAUUGACUAAUAAUAAGUAAAAUAACUGACAAAAUUACGUCUCUCCCUUUUCAACACCAUGACCAAUAUCUUCUUAUGUCGUCCUAUCACUUAAAAUCUUCUCGAACUCUUAAUACACAUAUUUUAUGAAAAUCUCAAAAAACUUGUCGGGCAGUUAUGUCGGGCAGUUAUGUCGGGCAGUUAUGUCGGGCAGUUAUGUCGGGCAGUUAUGUCGGCCAAUUAUGUCGGCCAGUUAUGUCGGCCAGUUAUGUUGGCCAGUUAUGUCGGCCAGUUAUGUCGGCCAGUUAUGUCGGCCAGUUAUUCAAAUAGAAAAAAAAUAAUAAUAAUGACACCUUUAUGCUUUUGACUCAAGAUGUCUACUAAAAAGAUUUGCUUUAACUUUUUUUGUUUAAAUCGGAGAAAUCAAAUUUUGGAUCUUAACAGUGUUUUUCCUCUGACCCAGGUCCUGGCCAUUAUGAGGAUGCCAUUGUUUGCUGCAUAAGAGAAAAUCCAGAGCCAGUCAUUUUCAAAGUCAGUUGUGAUGGCUACCGUCCAGAGCUGGAACUUGACAAGAAAAUUUUGCACUUUGACAAAGUUUUGUUACAUAGGUGAGAAACUAAUUAACCUGAACUUUACACCUAAGCAACUGAGUGGUUUUAACAAAAGAAAAUGAAAUAUUUCCAGGUUGUGCGUAUUCAUUAAUUAAAACAAUUAGUUUAAACUGUUUCUUAUAUAUGACAUCACUCAUCUUUUGUUAUUCAUUAAUGCUGAAAUUAAACUCAAAUUUUUCCUGACAUAUUCUCUAAAUCAGCUACAAUUCUGUUGACUCUUUUAAACAAGAGCUUACUGUUAAUGUUACAUUUCAGCAUUUUCCUAAACGCAAUAACCUUAACAUAAAAAAACAUUCUGGGUGUUUGAGUUUUCUGAUGUUACCCACAUUGAUGGCCAUUUGUUACUUAUUAGUCUCAUCUCAUCCUGAUCCACAUUGAUGGCCAUUUGUGACUUAUUAGUCUCAUCUCAUCCUGAUCCACAUUGAUGGCCAUUUGUUACUUAUUAGUCUCAUCUCAUCCUGAUCCACAUUGAUGGCCAUUUGUGACUUAUUAGUCUCAUCUCAUCCUGAUCCACAUUGAUGGCCAUUUGUGACUUAUUAGUCUCAUUUCAUCUUGAUCCACAUUGAUGCCCAUUUGUGACUAAUUAGUCUCAUUUCAUCCUGAUCCACAUUGAUGCCCAUUUGUGACUUAUUAGUCUCAUUUCAUCCUGAUCCACAUUGAUGGCCAUUUGUUACUUAUUAGUCUCAUCUCAUCCUGAUCCACAUUGAUGGCCAUUUGUGACUUAUUAGUCUCAUCUCAUCCUGAUCCACAUUGAUGGCCAUUUGUUACUUAUUAGUCUCAUCUCAUCCUGAUCCACAUUGAUGGCCAUUUGUGACUUAUUAGUCUCAUCUCAUCCUGAUCCACAUUGAUGGCCAUUUGUGACUUAUUAGUCUCAUCUCAUCCUGAUCCACAUUGAUGGCCAUUUGUGACUUAUUAGUCUCAUCUCAUCCUGAUCCACAUUGAUGGCCAUUUGUGACUUAUUAGUCUCAUCUCAUCCUGAUCCACAUUGAUGGCCAUUUGUGACUUAUUAGUCUCAUCUCAUCCUGAUCCACAUUGAUGGCCAUUUGUGACUUAUUAGUCUCAUCUCAUCCUGAUCCACAUUGAUGGCCAUUUGUGACUUAUUAGUCUCAUCUCAUCCUGAUCCACAUUGAUGGCCAUUUGUGACUUAUUAGUCUCAUCUCAUCCUGAUCCACAUUGAUGGCCAUUUGUGACUUAUUAGUCUCAUCUCAUCCUGAUCCACAUUGAUGGCCAUUUGUGACUUAUUAGUCUCAUCUCAUCCUGAUCCACAUUGAUGGCCAUUUGUGACUUAUUAGUCUCAUCUCAUCCUGAUCCACAUUGAUGGCCAUUUGUGACUUAUUAGUCUCAUCUCAUCCUGAUCCACAUUGAUGGCCAUUUGUGACUUAUUAGUCUCAUCUCAUCCUGAUCCACAUUGAUGGCCAUUUGUGACUUAUUAGUCUCAUCUCAUCCUGAUCCACAUUGAUGGCCAUUUGUGACUUAUUAGUCUCAUCUCAUCCUGAUCCACAUUGAUGGCCAUUUGUGACUUAUUAGUCUCAUCUCAUCCUGAUCCACAUUGAUGGCCAUUUGUGACUUAUUAGUCUCAUCUCAUCCUGAUCCACAUUGAUGGCCAUUUGUGACUUAUUAGUCUCAUCUCAUCCUGAUCCACAUUGAUGGCCAUUUGUGACUUAUUAGUCUCAUCUCAUCCUGAUCCACAUUGAUGGCCAUUUGUGACUAAUUAGUCUCAUCUCAUCCUGAUCCACAUUGAUGGCCAUUUGUGACUUAUUAGUCUCAUCUCAUCCUGAUCCACAUUGAUGGCCAUUUGUGACUUAUUAGUCUCAUCUCAUCCUAACCCACAUUGAUGGCCAUUUGUGACUUAUUAGUCUCAUCUCAUCCUGAUCCACAUUGAUGGCCAUUUGUGACUUAUUAGUCUCAUUUCAUCUUGAUCAGGAAGGACACAAAAACCAUCUACCUGAGAAACAGCACCCAACUGCCAGUAGCCUGGAAGCUGAGUGGCCUGGAAAACCUCGGCGACGACUUCACAGUGGCUGCUGACAGCGGCAUAGUGGAACCACUGUCAGAGUAUGCGCUCCAUGCUUAUUUCAGGGCCAUGAAAGCCGUUCAAACAAAUAAAAAAAUGAUUAGAAUUGAGGUAAGGACUUCAACUAUGGCAAAGUUUUUAGCAUUUUUAUUAUAUCAUUUUGUCUUCGCAGUCUUUGUCAACUGACUUUAGACAGAAUGAUCAAUUAAACAAUAUGAUGUCAACUUAAAGACAAUACGGGGCAACAUGACUAUUCCAAACAUAUUUUUUUUAAAUAUUUUUUUGUUCUCCAUUUCUAGAUUUCUGAUGCAGAGAACAUAAUGGGGGUUGUCCACACUGAACCCAUUCAGGUCAUUGCAGAGGCUUACGAUGUAGCCUUGGACAUGAGUUUCCCAAAAGGUACAAUUUUUGUUCUAGAAACAAGUCAGAAGUUCAUUAAAAGUAGCUCAUGGCAACUCUUACAUUGUCAUAUUCAGUCAAGGUUGGGCCGUGGAGUCUGAUACAUUAUUCACAGCUCCUGGUCAAAGUAAAAUACAACAUUAUUGACCGAUAUAGUUUUACUAUAUGAAAUUUAUGUCUGAAAGACAUCAACUUCAAAGCAAGCUUAAUAUACAGAGUGGAAACUAUGACAUCACUAAAUGUCAUUUGAGCAGCCAUUUUUGUCUCAUUUUAUUUAGAUGUCAGGGAAUAUUUUUUUGUGCCACUCCCACACUAACACUCUUUGUUCUGGAUAUAUUAGGAAAACAAUUUAAUCUUUCUGUCUCACUGUUAAGAAAAAAAAAAUUUUCUUACAUUUCGUGUUGUUUAGCUAACUAAAUUGAAGUCAUACAUUUCAUUGGUUGUUCAAUAUAUUGAUAACCUAACAAUCCUGGCAGCUAUGUAUGUUAUUAAACCAAUAUGAUUACAAACCGUUCACUGGUAGAUACAUAUGUUAAAUAAAUGUGAUGAAAACCUAACAUUUCACCAAUGAAAAGGAAGCAGACCUCCUCGAAAUUCCACUUCUUCUGUCGAUGAAAAGCUAAUUUCUCUGAAUGGUCCAACAAGUAGUCAAGUAGAUAUCAUGGACGGUGAGCUGAUGUAUCACUGCCUGCUGAAUUAGGUCACAUCUUGGCAAUUGUCUCACUGUCACACUCACUUGUGCACACAUAGAAAUAAUUGAACAAACUGGCACUGUAAAGAGUCCCCAACAUUUUUUGCAUCAGAGGUCACUUUGAAAUUCCAGAACUAUGAAUGGUAGGCAUGCGAAAUUAAUCAAUAUAAUGAGUACAUUCUCAGGGCUAGUAAAUGCUUGUUUGUAAAUGUUCACGAAGGUCAAAGGUUAUGGCACUCAGUUCUAUACCCACCAAUCCCAAGGGAGAAAAUCUUUCCAAAUUGAUUAAACAGACCAGUCUGUCACAGUCGCUGUUCACCAUUAUAAAAAAACUUUGACAAUGGUGAUGACAUUGUAGAUGGUUGUAAGUAAUAUUUAUUUGACCAAGUGACUGCAGCUAAUAUUGAAAACAAGUUUACCAAUGGCACUUCAGUUUUUAUCCCUGAAAGAAAGGGAAAGAAAGGUCGUGGUGCCGAAUCAACAGAGCCCAUAAAGACUGUCACCAUAGACGGUCAUAAAGUCAAGGGAAAACCUGUUGGAGACCCUCUCCCGACAUUCAGCUUGAUGGGAGGGAAAGGUCAGAGCUGUGCUUGGGUUCAUAUCAUUUCUUGUUACUUUUGGCCAUGACACAGUUCAGAGUUGAUCAUUUAAGUUGCAUCUAUUUGUUGCUCUUGUUGCUAUUAUUGUUUACUCUGAGUGGAGAUACUUUUUUUUUUUUUAAAGUUUUAUUUGAUGUUUCUUAAAUUCACUUAUUUGACAAAUAUAUAUUACAACAUAUUUCGGAUGGCAGUGUCACAUGAUGUAAAUCAAACUUAAGGGGGCAGAAGGGUGAUACAAAUAUAUAUAUAUUUUUUUUGUUUUCAAUAUGACAUUAUUUAUUAAACUAUUUAUCACAAAGAAAGUCCACCACAGCAAUAUAUCCAGUCAUGGUUAAUCAGUUCAAUAUUUUUCAUUUACCCCAAAAAAAAAAAUGUUACAGCAAAUUUUCAUGUCAGAAACUGGCCAGAGCUUUCAUUUUAUUUAGCAUGGGUUCUUCUAAUAAACAUUUUAUCAACUAGUCCUUUGUGAAAUUAUUUCUUGUCACUGAUAUCACUUAUUUUGUAGAGUUUCUAUAAACAUAGAUUAGUUGAGCCAAGUGUUAUCUUUGCAAUCACUAUGAAUCUACGAUAUAGAUCACAUGACGCAGUCCAAUGUAUAUUUUAACACUGACCCAGUUAAAGAAACCAACUAAUUAUCAACCUUGAAGUUUAUUUUCCAAUAAACAAAUAAAUGUGUAUCAAGAAGUAAUUGAAUAAUUUUAAAAUGGUUUUACUUCCAUUGUGCACAGUAGUUGCGGCAAGAAUAAACUAUUGCUAUCAUGUUACUAUAUCAUGUCAUGGAAAAAUCAAGGAUGUAUCAUUGAGUAAUUUAAAACAUAUUUUAAGUAAAAAGAAGAGUGUCAGUCUGCUUUAAAGGCUGACGCAAAGUAAAAUACAUAGGCAGGGAUUAUUUUGCAGGGGUUAUUUGGCCAGGGGUUAUUUGGUAUGGAUUAUUUACGAGGGGUUAUUUGGUAUUAAUAUUAAUUAUUUGGCAGGGAUUAUUUGGUAUGGGUUAUUUGGUAUGGAUUAUUUGGUAUGGGUUAUUUGGUAUGAAUUAUUUGGUAUGGGUUAUUUGGUAUGGGUUAUUUGGUAUGGGUUAUUUGGUAUGGAUUAUUUGGUAUGGGUUAUUUGGUAUGGGUUAUUUGGUAUGGGUUAUUUGGUAUGGAUUAUUUGGUAUGGAUUAUUUGGUAUGGGUUUUUGGUAUGGGUUAUUUGUUAUAGGUUAUUUGGUAUGGAUUUUUUGGCAGGGAUUAUUUACGGGUUAUUUGGUAUGGAUUAUUUGGUAUGGAUUAUUUGGUAUGGGUUAUUUCUCGAUGCAUUGGCUCAUCUUCGGCUGCUACUAUUUUCUUUAGGAACCGACGGUGGCCUUGACUUUGGCAUCGUCAAAGUUGGUGACGAAGGUAAACAGACAUGCACCCUCAAGAAUAAAGGAAAAUAUGAGAUUGCCUACAAGUAAGUUAAACUAGAUGUGUUUAAGUUUAACAUAGAUGUUUUUAAGUUUAACUAGAUGUGUUUAAGUUUAACAUAGAUGUGUUUAGAGUGUUUACAAGUAGGUAGAACAAAGGUCUUUAUCUACAUCCAAUGGCAAGUUGGACAGUUUCAGUUAUUUUGAAACAGAAUUAAUUCUAUUCAAUCUUCAAUCAUUAUUUCUUUGUGGUUUUUUUUUGUUCCAUGAAAUAAGGAGAUACUAAUUGUCUCUUUUUUAAUCAGUUUCCUGUUGGAGAAUGUAGAUACCAGGCACUCUGAUAUCAAAUCAUUGUUUGCUGUCGUGCCCAGCAGUGGAAAACUAAACCCACAAGACCGACCCACACAGGUAAAGGCUUUGUCAUGCUUGCUGUGUAAUAUUUAAAUUCAGUUAAGUUGUUAGGGAAAGGAAGUGUAUUGAUUUAUUACCUAGGUGAAGAUUGGUCAGUUGUCUAUCUCUGCAUAUAGCAACAAGGGCCAAACUAAUUAAUUUUUUCAACCACUGGAUAUCUAUUAUAUUUUUGACAUUUUUUAAUUUCUUAAAUUUGCAUUAUUUUACAUUCUGGCAAGCAGAUUUUUUGUAUUUCCCAACAGGUGCAGGUAAUCUUCAAAUCUUCCCAUGAGGUACAGGUUAAAGACAUUCCAAUACUUAAAUGCCAGGUGAUUGAACCUAGCCUUGGGGAUCAAGGAGAAGUCAUUGCUAGUAUUCCCGUCAAAGUUUCUGUCAAGGCUGUUUACAGCAAGUAAGUUUUCUCAACUAAAUCUGUCAGGCUCCCCUUGCUUCUCUUGACUCAUUUCUGGUACAACCCGAGAGGAAUCGAUCAAUCAAGAAAUGCAUAAGUUCUUGUUAGGAUCAAGUCAAUGAAUUGAGAACAUAUUUCUGUUUCUCACAGAUUCCUGAUCACACCUGUUAAUGACAUCAAUUUUGGGGCCUUACUCAUCAACACAAGAAAGACAAGGACUUUCCUCAUUGAAAACAAAGGUCAAUUUGACUUUAAAUACACAAUCACCAAGAAGGAAACCGCAACACAAGCAAAUCGAAACAUCCGACCGUAAGUGCUAAAAUAGAAUUGACUUCUUAUUCAAAUUAAUAUUGAGUUUAUUUUGUUAAAGGAAAUGAUGCAUAAAUCUGAUCGAUUUUAUUCCAUACCAUAUUCUUGUAUUCUGGCAAACUGUAUUCUGGUACACUGUAUUCUGGUAAACAUUAAUCUGGUACAUGGUAUUCUGGUACACUGUAUUCUGGCACACUGUAUUCUGGUACAAUGUAUUCUGGUACACCAUAUUCUGAUACACUGUAUUCGGUACAAUGUAGUCUGGCACACUUUAUUCUGACACACUGUGGUAUUUGAGACACAAAAUUUCAACAAAAUGCAAUUGUCACAUGUAAAAAUAACUCAUGCCACACAAGAGCUACUGUUUAUCAGCUUAGAGUUGUCCAAUCAGCAUCACUGGCAUAGAUCACAAAUCACAUUGUUCAAAGCUAUGCAUGUUUUUUUUUUUAUUUUCCCCUUUAAAUCAAAUCAGCCACAAUGGAUUUUGAAUUAGUUAAAAAAUUCUUUUCCUCUAAAUUAACAGAGUACUUUAAAAAAUAUGUAAGCCCCAUGCAGCAUUAGCUAAACUAAAAGUAUAAAUCUUAAUGCUUUUAAUUUAAGCAUAAUACAAAAAUUAUUUCAAAAGUUUGUUUUACCCAGAACUCUUCUAUCGAUUGAAAUUUUCAGUAAUAUAAAAGGCGAGAAAAGCAUCAAAGCUAGAGAGGACUCCUCUACUCCUACCUCCAAGCAAAAAAGAGUUGAAUCUAUCAGGUAAUUUAGAAUUAAAGAUUUAUGGAUAUGAUAUUUUAGAGCUCUGACUCCCUGUACACAACUAUGACUCCCUAUACACAGUCCUGACACUCUGUAACCAACUAUGACUCUAUGUACACAACUAUGACUCCCUAAACACAGUCCUGACUCCCUGUACACAAUCCUGACUCCCUGAACACAGUUCUGAUUCCCUGUACACAGUCUUGACUCACUGUACACAGUCUUGACUCCCUGUACACAGCUAUGACUCCCUAAAUGCAGUCCUAACUUCCUGUACACAGUCAUGACUCCCUGUACACAACUAUGACCCUGGCAGAUGCAGCUUUUAAUAAAAAUGUUUUGGUUUGUGUAAUAUCAUUCCAGUUCAACUUCAACAAUUUCUCACAUUUCUGCCUCAAUAAAUUAAAAAGUCACUUUUUUUUCUUCCUGUGCAAAAAGUAAAAUUCAAAAUAAUCUAUCCAAAUAGUUAUUUAAACACACAAGACACAAAUUAGAUUAAAUACAUUCUUUUAAAUUUGAUUACAACUUUUUUAUAAAUUUCAGGCAAGAUGCUAGCCUGUCAAAGUUGACGCUGGGUAUGUUUACCAUUUUCCCGGCGUUUGGCAUUAUACUUCCUAAUGGUAGUCAACUCAUCACUGUUGAUUGUGUUGGAGAAACUCAAGGCAAAGAAGUGCAGGUCGGUUUUUAUCUCUGAAACUUAAUUAUAGAACAAUAGUUUACCUAAAUGAACUAAUAAAUUUGUCCAAUUUCCUCAAUACACUAAUUCCUAAAGGCCUAUUUAUUAAGUUAAAUCUCAGAUUUAGCACCAAGUUUCUUUAUUGUGUCCUACCUGUACAUUACUUAAGGGAGGUGUGAGAAAAUAACCUUUUUAAAAAAUGUUUAACUUCUAAUGGGAAUUUUUUUAACAUACACCUUCUUUAGCAUUGUAAUGGAGGUACAAAACAGUUUUUUUUUUUUUAAAUGCAUUGGUUGCCUUUGUAACAUAUAUUGCUCCGCCAUUUUAGGUUGUUUUUUUUUGUGUUUUUCAAAACACUAAGUCUUUUACAAAUAUUAAGUUAUUGCCAUAAGAUUUAAAACAUAGAUAAUUUAACAUGUAAAAAAAACUUUUUAUAACAGGAUGUCUUCAUGUACUAACUUAUAUAUAGUUAUAAAUUUGCUUGUUAAAAAUGUGACUUUUUGAUGUAAUAAUUAGGUAUAAAUCUAAAGGGCCACAAAAAGUGACUUUUUGAUGUAAUAAAUAGCUAUAAAUCCACAGGGUCACAAAUAAUUACUCCAUUUUCUUUUUUGACAAAAAAUAUGGGGGAGGGUGAAUUCUUAUGAACCCAUUUUCUAUUUCUAGGAUAAUUAUCUUAAUUCAGGUUAAUUCAAAUGUUUAUUAUUGGUAACUGUACAUACUUUAAAAAUUUGGUGAGAUUUGGAUAAUAAAUACAACAUUUAUAGGGAUAUUGGUGACUAAAAAAUUAAAAAAAUGAGAAAACUGAUAUAUUGCAGAAAAAUGGCAAUAACAAUGAAAAUAUUAGUGAACCAUCAGAUAUUUAUAUUUAGACUGGACUUCAAACUUUUCACUAGCAAAUGCUGAACUUCUUUGAUCCUUUUCUUAGCCCUAAAUGCUGGACUUCUUUGAUCCUUUUCAUAGCCCUCUCGUUUUAUUUCUUGGCCACUCUUCUUUUCCCUGUCAUGCAUGUAUUUUUAUAUUUUAUUCAAAUUAGGCUUUUACAAAAAUGUAUUUGGUUUAUUUUGAAUUUCAGCAUGAUUUAAGUGUAAAAAGUCAUACAUUUAUGUGAAAAUACAGUCCCAAAAAGUUUUUUGGGAUUCUCAUGUAGGCUGAAAAUGUAACUCUUGGUCUUGUAGAAAAAUUGUCUGUGCUAUGUGUCGUAAAGACCCGAUGAAUAAUGUCCAUUGUAAUUUUUCAACUUUCUAUUGCACUCCUUCUCAGUCACUUCUAUAGUUGAAAUAUUUAUUUAAUCCCCCAAUAUGGUAACAGGUUUUUUUGAAGGAGUCAGAAAACUCAUAAUGAGCUAACACUUAAUUAUAAAAUCAAAUAAGUUUUCAAAGUUUAGACACUAACCAUGUUGCAUGUUUUUAUGGAUAAAUGUAAAAAGUUGAGCCCCAAAGAAAUGAUUGAAAUAAUCUUUUUAACUGCAGUCUUAUUCUUUGUGUCCUUGAAUAACAUAUAACCCUUGUGAUGCUAUUCUGUGAUAGUCUUCUCUUGCCUCCUCCACCUUUUUAACUGCAGUCUUAUUCUUUGUGUCCUUGAAUAACAUAUAACCCUUGUGAUGCUAUUCUGUGAUAGUCUUCUCUUGCCUCCUCCACCUCAGGGUAUGUGUCAUUACCAUACAUCAAACGCCUGUUUCAAUGAGCAAUUAUAGAUAUUUUGAAGACGUAGUUAGUCUAAAAUAAUAUUUCCAUUGAAUUUAAUUCUUUAAUGUGAACAACUUCACGAAUUCUCACUUGCAUCAUUGAAAUGAAACCAGCAAUAAGUAAGCAGUUGUUGUUUUUUUUUAAUUGAAACUGAAUAUUUCUUCCCCCCUCCCCCCAGGACAUGAGUAUUGAGAUUACUGACAGAGACCCCAACUCGUACAAAGGGGGAAUCCCCUACAAGCUAGUUGCUGAAACAUGCAUCCCUGGUAUCAAUGUCGAUGAUGUCGGCAGCAUCUUUGAAGAGCACAGGGUGUGCAAGAACCUGACCGUCUGGCAACACAUGAGCUGUGGCAACCAAGAGGUGGGAGGAGUUUAUGGGGAGGACGAGAAAAAGUUUGUCUUCAACAAUGUGAUUGUUGGUCGCACGGCCAAAGCUCGCUUCAAGAUUUCCAACCACAACAAGGUGAGUACCGAGAACAUGUCCAGCAGCAGACCAACUUCUAUAUUAGUUUACAUUUCUUUUUUGCAGCCAGCAUGAGCCACAUUGCCCCAAACUUGCCUCCACAUGAGCCACAUUGCCCCAAAUCCUCUAGUCCUUAAGUUACAGUAGUAAGCAGAGGCUGGUUAAACUUUUUAAUUUAAUUUCAUUUGAUGAAAUGCAGAUGCUUGUUUUAAGUUAUUUAUUUAUUUUUAUUUGUUUAAACAUGAGCUUGGAGCCAGUCCUCCAAGUGAGGCCCUCAGAGCUAAGAAAGAAUUCUAUUUGUUUAACAGUUGUAGAGCUAGGUCUUCAAGUUGCCAUUCUGCUUAGUGCACCUGCCUAUAUUCUUUUAGUUUAUUCCUACUAAUCGUGAUCAAGUCAGGAAUCCCAGCACCUGCCUAUAUUCUUUUAGUUUAUUCCUGCUUAUCGUGAUCAAGUCAGGAAUCCCAGCACCUGCCUAUAUUCUUUUAGUUUAUUCCUACUAAUGGUGAUCAAGUCAGGAAUCCCAGCACCUGCCUAUAUUCUUUUAGUUUAUUCCUGCUUAUCGUGAUCAAGUCAGGAAUCCCAGCACCUGCCUAUAUUCUUUUAGUUUAUUCCUGUUUAUCGUGAUCAAGUCAGGAAUUCCAAGUAGUUAAGUUAAAAGAAUAAACUGUACAAACAUUUUAUCACUUUUUCUUGUUUUAUUUGUGUAGCUUUCAUUUUUUUCUUAACAUUCAUUAAUACAUAAAUAUAUGAAAAGUGUAUAUUCAUAAAUAAAAUGAAAUCUCCUCUAUUGUCUUCGUCAAGGUUUUCCUUUUAUGCAUUACCCACAAAAGGCAACAAAUUCAUUUUCUUCUUCUUUCAUUUCAUUAUCUCUCUUGAUAAAUAUUUAUCUCUCUUGAUAAAUGAAGAUGGGCUAAAAUAAAUUAUAUGAACAUGUCAGUGUUUAUGUCAUGUAUAGCAUCAUGAUGAUCAAAUUGAGAUUGAUGCCUGGAAAGUUCUCAUUAUAGCUACAUUUUUUUUUAUUCCAGGUGCCCUGUGAUGUUGCCUUUACCCUGAAACCAAUCAGCUUAAAGGGAGCCCCAAAGACUCCGGAAGUUUUUGAUUUGGACCCACCCAAAGUUCAGAUUGCAAAUCACAGUUUUGUUUAUGUGACUGUGUCGUUCACACCUCCAUCAAUGCAGGUCAGCUAUUUUUUUAAUGCUAGGCAGCAGUAGACAUUAAGCUCCUCUCACUUUAACAUUUAAUAAUAAAUUGAUGUUUUUCUGACUCUGUUUAACAUACUUCUUAUUGACUUUUGGCUUAAUGGACUUACUAUUUAUUGAAUCUGACCUUUGGCAUAAUGGACUUACUACUUACUGAAACUUGUGGAAAUGUGUUUUAAAAAUAAACAUUACAAAUCUAGGAAAUGCAAAAUUUGAGCUCAAUGUUAUUCAGCAUGAAUUAAGUUUCUAUAUCAAAUAUUAGUUUCUUACAUACAAUCUAUCAGUUUUAUUUUUAUAUCUUUAUGAUCAUUAGCGUUUGUUUUUUUUAAAAUUUAAGUUUUUCACUCUACUUUGGGGUUUGAAUUUAAUUUGUAUUAAAGUUGGCAUUGUAUUGCCCUUCUUUAUUUCAUCCAAGUUUUUUGUUUUCUUCCAUUAGUCUUACAGUGCAGUGUUUGAGGCCUCCAUAGAAGGUAUGAGCCCCAACCAGACCAAGGGUAAGUCGCUUGUGUUCGAAGUCUCUGGGGAAGGUAACCUGCCAAGGAUAACUGUGGCAAAACCAACAGUCAGAAACAAGAGAGGCCAGCCACUCUUGCUAUUUAAGCGCAUUCUGCUUGGACGAUCAGACUCACUUCCCUUUGAGCUGUUUAAUGAUGGCAACCUGCCGAGUAAGGUAAGAAACUUAGUUUUAAAAUGACAAUGAUGGAAUAAAUUAUUCAUCAAGGAUUCUCAAAACAUUCUUGUGUCAUAAUUUUCUUUGUUAAUGUUUAAAGAAAUAUCCCAUCAUGCCAUCUGUAAUGACCAGUGCUGAUUUACUCUUAAUUUAGGUUAUGAUUGAUCUUCAUGACCCUGACCAUUGCUUUAUGCUGAAACCCCUGAAAGAACCAAGGAAUGCUUUUGGUGACACCAGCUCUGAUACUCAGGGUAAGGUGAAGCUUUAA